GUGUAUCAGAGUGUAUUUUUAGCAGAUUGUGUGUGUGAUAACUUGUUUUGAGGAAACCUGAUUGUAAAUAAUCCGUUUUGCAUCUUUUCUUCUGACGUAAGCCAAGAAGAACUAAUGUACUCACACUCUCGGCAACCCAUUCACUCUACGAGCUAGGUAAAUCCCAAUUUUCAUAAGUUUCUGUUUCUAAAUGUUUGCAAAAAAGAGGGAAGCUAACGUUCAGUUUUGUCUAUGUCGGCCCGUCGGCCAUUUUUGUUGAAGCAUUUUGGUCUUUUCCGCUUUCGUUUAUUUGUCUAGCCCUAACUAGCAAAGCCAUUUACUAAAAUGUUAAAGGUUACUUCAUGUAAUGUGUUGUUUAAGUUACUUGUCCAAUCAUAAGUUAAAAUUUUACAUCUGCAGUAUUAUAUAGCAUGAGAUGGGUUCAGUUUCAUUCAUACUGAUUCAUAGUUAAUGUUAUUAUGGUACCACUUGAUUACUUAUUUAGAUUCUCUCUCUGCUCUAGACCUAGCUCCAAGACUCUUUCAAGUAUUGGCAGUAUUUAGUAGUAUUGAUUAGUAUUGCUAGUUUUACUAUUAGUUAUUACUUAUUAGCCUACUUAUUACUAGUUAUUAGUAUUGACAUUGUAUUAUUGAUCCCCUGUGUCGGCAAUCUUUAAUGAAGAGGCCACACUGGGCCAAACAUCUUAUUACUUAUAAUAUUGAUAUUUUCAUUGUAGAUAGAAAGUUAGAAAGGGGCUCAAUUUAAAAGUAAAAAAAAAAUGUCUUUUAAAAAAUGUUUUUCUUUAAAAAGUAACUAAUUCUUAUCACAUCCUUGGUGAGUACGGUAGCUAAAACACAUUCUUCAUUCUCUCCAUUUCCCCUCCCCACUCUAGAAGAUUUGUAUGUGCACUAAUUUUUUGCCAUGGUGUCAUCUUUGUCAGCUGUCAUGGCACAAACAAAUAUUGCACAAGCGCUGUAAAUUUUUGAGUUGGAUAGCAUAAAUUGGCUUAAUUCACCUAAAUAUUGGGGUAGGGCUAAGGUAAAUAAAUAGGUGAGCCUACAUUUUUUAAAUAGGCCUGGUUGCUAGAAUGUGUUUCGAUAUGUCUAUAAAUUUAUUUUUAAAAAUAUAAAAAAUGUUACAGUUGUAUAGAGCAAACUUCAAAUAAAAAAAAUUAAACCAGAAUCAAUCUUCUAGUUUUACAAAUUUUUGAGCUAUGCAAAUGCAAAUACAUUUGUAAUUUGUUACUAUGGACUGCACUUCCACAAUUUUUUACCUGAUUCUGCUCUGCUGAUUGCGUCAGGCACUACACUAUAACUCUUGUUUAAAUGAUAAUUUAUACAACUUUUAAUUUUAGGAUAAUUGCUAUUAUAGGAUACACACUAUUGUACAGUUAUAAAUAAAUUUUAACUUAUUUAGCAAUGUAAUAUGUAUUAUCAGUAAAUUUAAUAAAUACCAUAUGGAUCUUCUGUUUACUUUUUAAAGGCGUCCAUUAAACAUAUAUAUUGUCUAUAUAUAAGGCAAACUUUCAACUUUUGCAUAUGACUAAUUAAUUAAAGCUUUCCCCUACCAAUUAUUUAAUAGUGUUUUUGAACUGCAAUGUCUUAUGAAUGAAACUAUGACAAAUAAUACUAAAUGGUAUAGUAUGCAAGUGACUGAAUGGUUGCCAUGACAAGGAUUUGCACACAGCAAGUUAUAAUUAUUUAUAAUAUGGACUACUAGGUUUUUAAACCUGAAAUUAAAAUAUUCUUGUCUAAAUGAUGUCUAAGAUCAUUCUAAAACUCAAGUCAUCAUUUAUUUUGAUUUAAAUUGUGGUAAUAAUUUAAUAUUUCCAAAGUAGUGGCAUCUUUCGCUUUUAAAUAGGGGGGGCGUGGUCAAAAAUGGGCUAGGUUACCCUAUGAUAAUGCAGGUUACUAUGACAUUUUAUAGACUGUUAGGCAUAAACAUAUACCGUAUUUAUCGGCGUAUAACACGCACACAUCAUUUGCCCCCUAUUUUCAGGGAGAAAAAGUGUGUGUUAUACGCCGAUAAAUACGGUAUAGAAUUUUUUUUCUGCUGACACUGAAAAAAAAUUAAAAUUCUUCUUAUUUUUUAAUAAUUAAAGGACUGCAUUCAAGCUAAGUAAAUUAUAUUUUAUUUGUCUUGUGCGCUAAAAGAAGGUUCUAUGCCGAAACGUUAAAAUCUUUUUGUCCUGUCCUUUAAUUCAAGCUACCACAUACUUCGUUUUGUUAUUUCAUCCUUAUUUUUUGCCGUUUCAUGUAGGCUUACAAUAUGAGGAACUGGGCGCACUAACAUAUUAUAACAAGUACUAUAGUAGUGGUAUAGACGAUUUUUUAAUAGAUACUUGAGCAGCCUUAUUUUGUCUUUAGCUAAUAAUUUAGACAAUUUCACCAAAAAUCAGUGUAGAAUUUAAGUAAAUCUCCGUGACAUGGAAAUAAAUAUUCUUGUAUAUGAAAUUAGUUGCUAAGUCUUAUUUGGCCAGUUGUUCAAAGUUAACAAAAGUUUUAAAGCAUUGUGUAACCAUUUUCCUGUCAUUUUAUUCAUAAUACUACUUAAGAUUAAGGUUAGCAGGAUUUAUGUGUUAAAUAUGUGUUAACCAUUUUCUUUUCAUCAUAAUAUUUGAGAGAAAUCUUUAGCCAGCUACUAAUUUUUAAAAAAUGUAAAUAUAAUCUUAAUUGUAUCCAUUGCUUUUACAGUAUCAAAAAGGUCAUAGAAAAUGACCAUUGUAAUGCGCCCGGGCUCGGCAGGUGGGGACACACCCCAAGAAAAUAUUAACAAUCCUACACAGCCUCAGAUGCAACAGCCAGGCAUUACACAAUCCCCUGCAGCCACUUCAGCAACAGCCUGCAGUGGGACAUCAACGGCUCCAAUAGAAAGUAAUGCAAUGGAUACAAGCACAACUGUCACAUGUUCUCCCCACAAUGAAGACAAUGGAAUGUCAACUUCACCUAUCACUGUCCAAGCAGCUGCAGGUGGAGAGCCAGCAGGUUUGUUGCAAUAUAUCUCUGUAUUACAGAUGUCUUAACUGAGAUGUUAAACUGUUUGUUUCAUUUAAAUUCUCCUGUAGGUCAGUGCUAUUGUGCUGUCAUGCUAAUAAUUUUCAACAUUGACGAAAACAAAUCCAGAGAAUGAAAAAAAUAUUUUUGCUGAGAUUAGUUCAGGUCCAGUGCUUAAAAAUAAAUUAAGAUUUCCACUUUAGCAUGAACUUACGAAAUAUUACAAUAUUUUUACUUUGCCCCCCCCCCCCCGGCUAAGAUUUUUAAAAAUGGUAUAUGUUUAUGUAUGUGGGUUUUUUUUUAUUUAUAUAUAUAUAUGUAUAAGGGGCUGCGUGCCAGAGGGGUCAAUCCCGAGCUUGUGGACUGGAGUCCAAUCCCCAGCAAAAGCCUAGAUGAGCAAAAACAAACACCAGCACCCCAGGUCAAUGUGACUUGUUAACCUUGGUUGGCAACUCAUCUAAGAGAAGGCAAACUCUGAAGUAAUGGACUCCGGCAACCCUUGAGACAUGGAACGCUUAAAGAGCAUAGUGAAGGAAGCACACCAAAAAAACCCCCCACCGCUGGUCAUCUCCUGCAUCCUGGACUAUUUCCAGUUGUUGUGAUUAGGUCUUGUCAUUGGAUCAAAUAGGCAAGGACGAGAGAGUUAGGCUGAAGAAUUGAGCAACUCUCCCUCACUUUAAACAAAAUUGAGCUCAAGUCAGGGCUUACUCAAGUGGAAGCCUUGGUCAUCUUUGCAUAAUACAAUUAAAUAAAUAUCUAAGAGAAAACCCUGGUCAUUUUCUCUCUCUUUAACUUAAUAGAAAGCAAUGUUAUUUAUCACAGUCUUUACGCUUGUAUCUGAAUUGUAUUAAUUGUAAUUGUGUUUCAUUUUGAAAGUAAAAUUUUAGCAUACACAAGUGAAAUGAGGAUUAAACAUAUCUAGGCAUUAAAACAAAAAACUCCAUCCUAACUUACCCUGGUGAUAAAAUUGGCUUUGCGAGUUUGGACAGUACUCCAGUCUAAUUGUUUGCAAGCACAAUCAUUAGAACAAUUGGGCCCACUCAUAAGAUUCAGAUAUGGUGCAAAAACUUAUGCUGCUGUUGAACUUAUUCAGCUCCAUAUCUGAAAGGAUAUAAUUCAAUCCGAUUUAAUGUACAAAACUAAUAGACUGCUCAGAAAGGACUUCAUUUGUAAAUCUCAUUAAAGACUUUGAGUAUACUGUUAGAAAAGUUAUGAUCCUUUAGGAGAGAUUCUAUGCACCCACUGUCUGUUACUAACUGUUGCGGCGGCUACUAAAAAGUAGUUUAGGGGUCCUUUAUUGUAUCCAUUUUUGAACUUCACUGAAUAAGUAUGACUAAUUAUUUGUCCAUAGCACAAGUGCAAGGUGGUGGGGACGCUGAGCCUGAAUUCCCUUUGUUGGAAUUAAAUCGACUUGAUGAAAUGAUCAACAGACCUCGUUGGGUGGUCCCUGUUUUACCAAAAGGAGAAUUAGAAGUGUUACUUGAUGCUGCCAUAAAGCUUAGCAAAGAAGGUCAGUGCCUGUUUUCUAUCAAUCAACAAAAAAAAUCAAAUAAGACAUAUAUUUAUUUAGAUAAGCCUUUUUUAGAAAUAUUGUUUUAAGACAAUUAUUUUGUUUCAUUUUUGUCUAAAUACAACUUCUUGUUAAGGGGUUUAAAAAAAAUGUAUCCUCAAUAUAUUUUGUUUUAUCUUUAAACUUUUAGAUGCUGAGUAUUAACUGGCAAUCCAAUUUAUUUCAUUCCAGUUUAAAUGGUUCAGAAUUUUCAUUAAAAUUUCUAUUUAGGCUUGGAUACAAGAAGUGAAGCGUGCCAAAGAUUUUUCAGAGAAGGCUUAACAAUUUCCUUCACAAAGAUAUUGACCGAUGAGGCCGUCAGUGGCUGGAAAUAUGAAAUCCAUGUAAGCUAACUGGCACUCUUUCUCUAAUUUAAAUAUAAUAAAUCUAUGUUUUUGUUUUGUAUCCACACAAAACCGUGUAUUGGUGGCAGGCAUAUUUAACCCUUUACAGGGCAGACAUUCUUUUUCUUGCUAGUUCGGAAUGGGCAACAUUUUUCUGGUUUUUAUUAAGAUUUAGGGUGACUUUAGUAAAAACAUCAAAUCUAAGGUGUUAGUUAAACAAAUUUUUGUGAAAUAAAAAUAAAUGUAAAUGAAUGCAGAUUUAUUUUUUUUACAUGUUGCCAUUAAUCCACAUAUGAACACUAAUAUUUAAAAAAAAAACAUAUUGUUUGUGAUUGUGAGUCAUCUAUUUACUAUUAACAAACACUGUCGCGAAAUUGAAGUGUGUACACUUAGACACUGCUUAUGCUGAUUUCACUAAUAUUACUAAUAAUAUUAAUAUCUAGUUCCGAUUUAUGGUCAAUUUCGUGCAUUUCAAUGUCACAUAUAUUGAACCCAGAGAAAUCUCCACUAUCACUUGAAGAAUCAUCAGAAUCCAUUUUGAGAAAAAAGCAAUAAAACUCCGAAGACUACAAAAAAAUUCUAUGAAAUACUUGUAACUGGCGCCCACUCUAUCAAACUAUCUGCAAAACUGGAUGUAAACAAUCGGAAGUCUUGCAAAGACUCAAUCGCGUGUUUACUACUCUUAGUUGUCAUGGACGCUUUUGGACAUUUUGCCCUAAGUCGUAAAGAAUUUUUGGCCGCUCUGCCCUGUAAAUUAAAUUGAACAUUAUUUCACAAAUUUAAAAAAAUGUAAAAAACUAAUGCAUUGUUUUUCUUUAUCUGCAUCAGGAGCCCAGUAUUGAUCAUUAUUUUAAUUUCUGUUUUUUUUAUUUUUCUUUGACACAGAAAUGUAUUUUAAAGAAUGCUGAGAAAUUGAUUGAGCUAUGUGUCCACAAACUAUCUCAGGACUGGUUCCCCCUUCUGGAGCUACUUUCAAUGGUUUUAAACCCAUCUUGCAAGUAAGUUUCAAUUCUUAGUCAAAUGGAAGAGGGCAUUUGCUAAAAACAUUCAAGGUGAAUUUUACUGAAAAAAAAUUACUGCUAACUGGUUGAAACCUUUUACAGAUUCAUAUUUACAUGUAACCAUUAUUUAUAUUUUGUACUUGAUCUGAAAGAAAGUUUGCCAUCUUCCAUUAGGUUCCAUUCAUAUAAUGCCACCCGUCAGUCUGAAAUUGUUCAGUCUGGAGCCCAGCUUGCAGAUGAUGCAUUGUUUGCAAGACCUCCUGAUCAUAGGACCCCUAAAGUAAGGUUUAUGCAGGAAGUUUAAAUAGUAAUAAAAUUAUUGUUGGCCAAAAAUUGCUAAAAUACAAGUAUAUAUUCUUUAUGUUACCUAACUGGGUAAUUAUUUUGGUGUCUUCUAAAUCCAGAUGCAUUAAAAAUGAGUUUUAAUUAAAUAAAAAGUGUGUUCUUAAUUUAUUAAGAUGCUAUUUUUAUGUUAUGUCCUACUUUUUUUUUCAAACAUAUUUUUCUUCAAAUUUUUAUAUAUAUGAAGGGCUGGCUGGUUGACCUUGUGAAUCGCUUUGGACAGCUGGAUGGGUUUAAUAUACUGCUAGACAGGUUUCUCAAAGGACCUCCACUAUCAGUGCCUGUUGUGGCUAGUCUAGUCAAGUAAGAUAUUAUUAUUAUUUGUAGAGGUCCUGAAAUUCUGAGCAUUGAACAGUCCCACUGAAGAAUCUUAUGUAUUGAAAUCUUAAUCUUAAGCAUUCUUCUUUAAUCCACAAACUGUCAAAUGAAAACGGGCUGUAGUGUCACCUCUUUUUUUUUUAUAACUUUGAUGUCUCACUAAUAUACCAAAAAUAAAUAGAAAUGAAUCCAGAGACUCUUAUAAGUUGAGAUAUAUUCUGUGAGUAAAUUGGACAAGGAAUCAUAUGGUAUGACUGUUAGUAUUCUGUGAAGUAUGGGAAAUGAAUAUGACCUUGUACUUUCAACAGUGAGUACAAUUGUGUUGCUCUUUAUCUUUCCUUAACUCACAUCCACACUGACUAUCGGAUACUUUUUAUCAUUUAAAUAAGUGUCUUAGACACAUAAAACAGUAUUCUUUCAGUUUAGAAAUAUUGAGUUAUUCAGGUUUAUAGAAAUUUAUUUUUAACUAUUCAUUUGUGACAUAUUUAUUUAUAAAUGCCAAUUAAAUUCAUUAUGACCAUACUCUCCACUACUUACACUAUUAGAACUUGAACUGCUACUAAUUCUAGCUAGCUCCACUAUCAUAAUUGUCACCGUGAGUAAUGUCAACAAAGCUAUCUUCAAAAUCCUUUUCAUACAAAAUUAAUUCAAAUAAAUUGGGCUGUCCUUUUGCAGGACAAACAUUUGAGUCCUACAAGUCAGUUAUAAAAAACCAUCUCCUCAAAAUUUAGCUUGAUUCAAUAUGUAAAAAAUAAAAUAAAACACAAAAUAUUUACCUUAGUUUUCUAUAAGUAGGAAUUAAAUUAAAUUUAUUAGAGUUAUCCCCUUCACAAUAUUGUAAAACUUAAAUUAAUUUUAGUAGAAGUUGAUUAUUUCAGGAGUUACACCACAGAAGCGUACAUAGCGGCAGAUCAUCAGCCAUCAUGACAGUUCGUAGGUUAAUGGAAAUUUUGUUUUGCUGUCAAACAGUGCUUACAUUUAUUUCUCUAUAGGCCAUUUGGAAUGUGCAGUGAAGUCCUUACCCCCCACACAGUUGAAAAAUACUUCAUGCCUAUUGUGGUAAGCAUUUCUGAGUAUUAAGGAAAAUAUGGAAGAAGUACAUAAUGAAUAAACUUAAUGUGUACUUCUUCAAUAUUUAAAAAAAAAAUAUUUUUUUUACAUGACAUAACAAAAAUAGUGAUGCUAUGGUUGAUAAGUGACUGUUCAAACUAAAUUUAUAUAAUGUAAGAGAAAACUUACUGUGUACUUCCUCCAUAAUUUUUAUACAUGACAAAAAUAAAACAAAACUUGAUGACUAAAAGUCUUAUUCAGCGAACAAACAAAAAAAAAAGUAAAAAUAUAAAAAGAGGAUUAGGCAGUUUUAGUUUGAGCUGUUUGAGUUUUGUGAUGAUAUUGGUUGAUAAGUGACUGUUCAAACUAAAUUUAUAUAAUGUGAUUAAGAUAAUUGUUGAUUAGACCUGUGGGUUAAAACCCAACUCAGACCAAUAUUUUUAUGUUACCUAAACCUAGAUGGAGAACCAUAUAUGAAAUGUGACCUACAUAUUAUGUUCUCAACUUACCACAUAAGUUUGAUAAAUUGCUGUCUUGCAGUUCCCAUAUGCUUAUGUGUUAAUGUUUUAAGAGAUUAUUUUUUAACAAUUUAAGAGUGUUCUAGAAGAACAACCAUUCGCUGUUUCAAAUGAUUGACAGCAAAGCAAGUUGAUUAUGAUGUGAAAAUGACUCUUAAGUUAUUUUUAAGCAUUCUGCUUAUUUUGUUUUUAAUAUUUUGUAUUUAUUAAUAGGAUAUUGUUCCAAAGUUUUUGGACAAGUUGACAGAUGAAGAGUUGAAGAAAGAAUCUAAAAAUGAAGCAAAAAAUGAUGCCCUGUCAUCUAUCAUCAAGGCCCUGAAGCAGCUUGUGAAUCGACUACCCAAUCAAGAAGAAACAACUAAGAGUCUGGAAAUAUUUCGCUUAAAAAUGAUUUUAAGGUAAGAUUUGUGUUAUCAUUUUCACGAGCUCUCAAUCUGACUGCUUUAGAAAACUGUAUUUCCAACACCAAAGAUUGAAAUCCUCAUACUGUUCAUUCUUGUGGUAAUUGUGUGUUCAGAGCAUGUUCUUAUUAAGGGCAGCUAAGCAAGCCAUGGAAACCUGUCACCUUCAAUCUGUUUUUAUACCUUAUAGAGUCCUAUGCAUCCUAAGGGUAGUCCAGUUGCAUUGUUUGCAAAAGUAUGGCAAGGCUAAGCAAAAAAUGGAAGUUGUUUAGCACAUUAAAUGAAAAUGUGUUUUCAUUAAAAUUUGGCUUAACUAUUUUAAUAUUUCUUUGCGUUUAAGACUUUCUAAUAAAAUAUGAAUUUGUACUAUUCCAACAGGUUGCUUCAGAUUUCAUCUUUCAAUGGCAAAAUGAACGCAUUGAAUGAAGUGAAUAAGGUCAUCACUAAUGUCAGUUUUCCACCAAGCAGUCGGCAUUCAAGUGUGGAUGAAGAUGAGUGGCUCACGGCAGACAAAAUGGCUGUAAGUGUUUUUAUGCUUUUUAAUUGUAUAAAAAAUUCUCUUAAAAAUCUAUGUAUUUAAAAUGAAAGAAAUGCCUCAUAUGCUUCGUUGUGACGCACUGAAGACAUUUUUUUACAUUUGUGCAACACACAACCUUUUGUUAAAGUAAAAGGACUCUAAUGAAACAACACAGCAUUUAACUCAUUCCCUCCGGCAGCGCUGCUUCCGGACUUAAUUUAUUUUCCUGAGAAAAGGGAAGCAACUCAGUUUUGAAAUUGAUUUAUAUUUUAAAAAUAUUUUUUUAAGUUGCUAAAUAUUAUUUAAUGUUAAUGAAUUAAGAACAAAUGCAACAAAAAAUGAAUAAGGUUUAAUAUAAAUAUAACAUUAGCGGGGAAAAAAUAACGAACAAUGGCCAAAAAAAUCGAUUUUCGGCACCUCGGACAAACACAUGCUACAUAUAGAUGCGCCGUACUAAAGCACACAUAGUUUUAAAGUGAAACAAGAUAAAAACUUCCGGUUUCUAAAUUAAAAUCACGCCAUAGCCGGAAGUCUCGAGGGACGCGAGAUUUCAUUGCUAUUUUUAACUAAAAAUAUGAGAGGUGUGUCGCUAUGCGCCGGGACGCAUUUGGACGCAUCAGGAGAAACCCCCAGAGGACGCAUUUAGUCGCAACCGUCGGGAAUGAGUUAAACAAAAAUUAUUAAAGUAACAAAUGCCAGGAUAUAAACUAAUUUUUGUCAUAAAUUUCAUUAUCAGGAAUGGAUUCAGCAAAACAAUGUUCUGAGCAUUGUCUUGAGAGAUAGUCUUCAUCAGCCUCAGUAUGUUGAAAAGCUGGAGAAGAUUCUCAGAUUUAUGAUCAAAGAAAGGGCACUCACAAUGGAUGAUCUAGACCGCUUGUGGGAUGCACAGGUUUGUACAAAAGCUGAUUUUCUAUAUGGUUAGUGGAUUUCAGUAAUUUCCUGAUUUGACUUUUGUGCUGUAGGGCUCAAAUUAUUUACCCUGAGCAUGAAGAUAUGAUUAAGUUACAUUAUAAAGAUGAUAUGAAAAUCUGAUUCUAAAAUCCUGGUCAAAUUAAUAUGAUUUUUUUAAUGUUAAAUAUUUGAUAUAGCAUUAGUCAUUAAUGAAAAACACAAGUGAGUUGUUUAGGGGUAAAAGAAUAGUUCUUGAAAUGAUUCCCAUUGUAGAAAAGUUUUUGAAUUAAUUUGGUACUGUCCCUGUUAUAUAACACUACUUAAUCUUUUUAACAUGGUACUGUCAAUCUUGUAUAACACUACUUAAUCCAUUUCAUAGCCCUGAAUUCAAUGAAGGGUUUAAAAAGUUUUUCAGUGUCACUGAUUUUAUGUCUCUUUUCAAUUAUACAGUCAGGAAAGCACGAUGCUAUAGUAAAAAAUGUCCAUGACCUACUGGCAAAGCUGGCCUGGGACUUUGCACCUGAACAGCUUGACCAUCUAUUUGAGUGCUUUCAGGUAAAGUUAUAGGUAUAUCAUUUCCAAAAACAGUUAAAACACUGAUCGGAUGGAUAGAUUAAACAAAAAUUUAAAAAAUCACAUUUUAAUGCAUUGAAGUUAAGCGUUGAUUUACAUUAAGUAAUAAAUAUUACUGUAUAAAAAUUCGUUUGUUCCCCAAUCUGUACGAAUUAACCGGCGUGCUUCCUCUGAAGUCACACAUCUGAAUGAGAACUAAUAAGUCCCUGAUUUUGCUAAGAGAACUCACUGAAUUGCUGUUUGAAAUAAUUUAUUAUAAAUGUCUUGUGUUCAAAUUGUUUUAUUUUUGUGCUGAAAAUGUAUAAUGCAAUAAAAAAAACAUUUCCAUUUAUUUGAAUCAAUAAAAGAAUCUUAUCUUAUCUUAUUAAUAUGCUGUCAACACUAGGUGUGUUAAGUAAGCAAAAUAAUAAUUAAUAUACAAUUAUCUUAAACAGGGAUCAUGGCAUCACGCCAGCAAAAAGCAGAGAGAAAAACUGCUUGAGUUGAUAAGGAGACUGGCGGAGGAUGACAAGGAAGGAGUUAUGGCUCACAAGGUAAGGUGCUUUCAUUCAUAGUAAAUAAAAUAUUACAUUGUCAGGGAUUUAAUUGAAAUUAUAAAGGAACAUGUUUGAUUCAAAUUGGAUUAGAAAGGAACAGAAACACAGUAAAGUAGUUGUGGUUCCUUGAUGUAUAAUUUUUAACUUAGGAGUUUCACAUAUCCUUUGUAAAUUCUGUCAGGCUUUUUUGUUUAAGUUUUUUUAAUAAGUACAUACAUCUGAAACCAGGUGCUGACCUUGUUGUGGAACCUAGCACACAGUGAUGAUGUCCCCACAGACAUUAUGGACCAGGCACUCAGUGCUCAUUACAAGAUAUUAGACUACAGCUGCUCCCAGGUACCGGUGAGAGCGUCUUCAUCACUACCAUAGUUGUUGUUAACAUUGGCUGGCCUUAGUGUUCUUUCUGUUGGUUGAUUUUAUUUUGUUUUUUUCAAAGUGCAAACUUUCCUUUUCCAAAACAAGAAUGAUGUUAAAACAUUCAAUGUAAAAAUCGAUCAAAUAAUUCAAUGAAGGAAAAAAAAAAGGAAAUAGGUGUCAAUUUUAAAGUUAGACCUGACAAUUGGAAUUUUAUGCAUGGGUGUCAACCUGAAUGCUUUUUUGUGAUGAUUAGUAAUUGGUGUUAAACAGUUGCAUAUCCCUUGAUGUUUUGUUUCAAUCAAAAUGUUUAAGUUUAACAUUAAUAUGUAUAAUUAAUUUUAAAAUUAUACACAUCUAAAUAAAUUAGUUCAAAUAUUAAAGUAAAUAGUUUUUAUUGGAUGAGAUUUUUUAAAAAUUAUAAGUUUUAGGGUGAUGCACAUUUCCUUAUUUACUAAUUUGACCAACUAUGAGAGCUUCUAAAAGAUUUAAUUUAUGUUAUAAAUAGUAUAUAAAAUAUUUCUUAUAUUUAAUGUCCCUCUCUUAUUUGUAUAUCAGGACAGGGAUGCCCAGAAGCUACAGUGGAUUUCAAAAUUUGUAGAGGAACUGAAGAAUGAUCAGUGGGUUUUGCCUGCUUUAAAACAGAUCAAAGAGAUAUGCACUCUCUUCCCAGAGGUACUUAGCUUUUUAACAUAUGUGCAAUUUAUUUAAAGAUUGCUAAGUAAGGUUAUUAGAAUAUUGCAGAACAUAUUUUACUUGUAACCAGUUGUAUUUAUUAAAGAGUAAAAAUGUUUAAGUUCAAUUUGUUGUAAUUCUCAAAACUUCUCACAGCAUCCCAACAAACUCACACCAUCCCAACAAAACUCCUCACACCAUCCCAACAAAACUACUCACACCAUCCCAACAAAACUAGUCCCACCAUCCCAACAAAACUACUCACACCAUCCCAACAAAACUAGUCCCACCAUCCCAACAAAACUACUCACACCAUCCCAACAAAACUACUCACACCAUCCCAACAAAACUACUCACACCAACCAACCCCACCGUAAAAUGCCAGUUCUUAAUGUUUUACAUUUUACAUGUGGCAAUCACAUUUUCUCAUUUAAUAUUAGGUCGGUAAUUAAAUUUAAAAUUAAAAUUUAUUAAGGAUUUAUAGAAAACAAAAAACACUUCACAUUUUUUUACAUAUGUAUACUAAUCUACGCAAUUGACAUAUAUUUUUCAUAAAAUUUUUGAAUUUCAAAUGCCAAAUUCUGAUUGUCCUUACAUUCUAUGUUAAGUUUGACUCCUGCGAACUUUUAAAAAUUAUUAUACAGAAUUGUUUUCACAUUCUCUUUGUGAGUACAGUUAUUCAUUGACUUUUAAAAAAUAAAAGAUCUGUGUUCAAAAUAUUAUUCAAACUGAAUUUUUCUUUAUAAGAAAAGAAGAACCCCAAAUCCCUUGCCCUUAAAGGAGUCUAUAAAGCAUCAGAAUGCAAGGAACCACACUUUAUCUUCUCACUCCAAAACUUUAUAACUGUGCCUCUAGUUAAAACUGAACCAGAGUGCAAAAUCAUCUGAACAGGCCCCACAGAACUUUCCUCACAAUCAGCGAGGGGCUCAUAUGUAUUACCGUAAUGGUGUCAUUGGUCAGCUGCAGAAUCAGCACUCAAUUGUUAUGUUAGUAUCCCAGAAUCUCUCGGCAUACAUGAAUAAGCAGCGAGCAUAUGCAGAAGGUAAAUCUUUGUUUUUUUUGUUUCUCUUCUUGUUUAAAAAAAAUUGCAUUCAAUAGCAAUGAGUUUUUGGACAUUCAAAUUUUAUUUUGUCGUGUUAAACUAUGUCUUAAGGAAUUAUAAUAAACACAAAUAAGAAACCAUACAAGAUGCGCUAACUUUUUUUAUUAUGUAAUGUUUUAUGUGAUGUCUUUCAGCUCAUCCCAAUGAAGAUCCAACUACAAUUCUACCAGAUGGACGCUUCCACCAUAAUAUGCAAGUAGCUGAAAGGCUUAGGUUUCUAAGGUAAAAUGAUGUCAACAUUUUCAUCAGUGUUACCAUGGACCUUUGGAGAAAUACUAAGAAAAAUAAUCACAUGAUUUCAAUAUUUUCAUCAGUAUUACCAUGGACCUUGGGAGAAAUACAAAUCAAAAUAAUCACAACUUUUUGGAUUUUAAACAAAUGUUCUAAAUUUUUAUCAGGGCUGCCGUCUCUUAACUGGUAGAUUACAGAGAUAGUUUUUAGACAGGUUAUCUUAGCCUAACUCAUUGUUGGUUGCUUUCCAGGCUUGUAGAUUUAGGUCUUUUUAAAAACUCUUACCCAAGAACAGCUGCCUUACUUGGUGUAAAAAUCCAUUCCCAUGAUAUUUUUACACUUGAGCAGGUCCUGAUGAAUUCAAACACAAUAACUCUUUAGACAAAGUUUUUAUCACGCUGAGUUUUGGGAUGUAACGAGUUGACUUCUCGUUAUCAGUGCUUUCAAAAUUUGAAAAUAAAGUAGUUUUCCAAACUUGCAGUGCCAAUGUCAUGGUAAUAAAGCCUUACAAAACCAAUGUCGCUGCCCUUCGGCUUCAUAGCAGUUUUGUGGUGGUUAAAAAGCACUAAGCAUUCAUCUGUAAAGAAUAUAAUUUUAAAAUCCUAUUGAAGGAUUUGAAUGAAAUAUUAACUUUAUCAGAUUCCUUUAUGAAUGCUACUAGUUUGGUGCUUUCAAUAUUUAAAAAUAAAUAUUUGUUCUCUAAUAUAGAUUUUCAAAGGGAACUGAAGAUAACAUUUGUUCUGUCCCAAAAUAAUAAAAAACCAACAUUCAAACCAUUGAAAGCUACAAUAUAUUUGUUGUAAAUCUUGAUUCAUUGUAAUCAACACUUUUGACCAUUCAUAUUGGCAGAGAAGGAAAUCUGUUUUUGAAGAUGUAUGGGCAGUUCAUUUACCCUUUCUAUCACGUACCUGCUUUCCUGUCCUUACACUCUAGUCCCUUUAUGGCGUAAUCCCACCUUAAACAAUGCCCCUUGUUCAACUUUGCCUGCUGAAGGUAACUCUUCUUAUGAAGGAAGAGGCAAAGAGCCUAUUUAUAAACAGGAAGUGUCCAAGCUUUUGAUAUUCUUUAAAAUUAGUUGCUUUGUUGAAAGUAGAUCUAAGUUUAAUGGUUUUUGCCCUUCCACAUUGCUUCAAACUGCAAGUGCGUUGGCUGUUUGUAUAUAAAAUAAUGAAUUUGAUGCAGAAGUAGAUAAAGGAAAGUGAUGUUGAUAUUGAAUUGAUUCAACAUUUUGAUAUCCCAUAUGGGUUAGAAGAUGAUGUUGAUGUUGAUGUCAGACUGGUCUAACCGAUUUCAAUCAUUUGACAUUGAAGAAUUUUAGGUGUAACUUUUCUACUGGUUGAAAGAUUGAAUUUAAAUAUAAAGCUUUUUAUCAUCUAUCAUCUGAUUCCCAUUUCCUUUUUUCUUGAUAGGUUCUUGCUCAAAGAUGGGCAACUGUGGCUCUGUGAGGCUCAAGCUGGGCAGGUGAUUAGGAGUGUCCACUUUUGUCUCCUCUUUAACAAUGAAUUCAUGUUGAACAUUUUGUGCAACUGACAAGUCAUUCAUUUUUAUGUACACAUUUUCUAAAACUCUGCACUGAUGUGCACCUUAAUUUAUUUACAAAUCAUUCUUUUUGUAAAAUUGUUUUUGUGUGUUAAUUUUGGUUGUUACAUUUUCAGAUCUGGAAUUGCUUGGCAGAAAAUGCCAUUUACUUUUCUGACAGAGAAGCCUGUUUCAAAUGGUUUGCGAAGGUAGUUUUCAUAUUUGGUUGCAUAAUUUUAAUAAAAGUGUGCUGUUAAUGCAGAUAAAUUGUUAGUAGUUGAGCUUGUUUAUGUGAUUAUUUACUAAUUUUAUCAAUGAAAAGAGAUUGUAUGGUUCUCAUUUGAGCACAAUUCUUCAUUACAAAUGUAAAACUGAAAUUUUUAUUCUGUGUGAACUUUGAUCAAACCUUGUAACUUUGUACUUUAUAGCUGAUGGGUGAGGAACCAGAUCUUGACCCAGAAAUCACCAGGGAAUUUUUUGAGAGGAACAUCCUUCAACUCAACCCUGACCUUCUCACAGAGAAUGGAAUGAAGUAAGCAAUAAUUUGAAGGCUAUGGCUUUGUUAAAUUAUGGAAGCAGUGCCGAAAUACUAUAAAUGGCUGUAGAUUAUCUGGCGUACAGCUGCAUAGAAGGCUCUGCACCGGAAUAUCUUAAGAACUGAUUUUUAACCAUGUAUCCUUAAAGAAACUGCAGUCUUCAACACAGUCCUCACUGAAAAUUUAUCUUGUGGAUGAACACAGAAAAAAGUCUUACAGAGUGCGCUCUUUUGAAGCGCUACCACCAAAAUUAUGGAACAGUUUGCCUCAAUCUUUGAGGGGAAUUGAAAAUGAUAAAAAAAUCAUUUAAGAAACAUUAAAAAACUUUUCUGUUUAAAUAAAUUUAACUAAACCAGAGCCCAGUGGGCAUGGUAAAGUAGCAUGGAUACCAGUGCUAUAUAAAUAUCAAAUCAAAAUCUUCAAAUAAUUCAGGCAGUGUUGGCAAACUUUUUAGAAGCGGCUUAUAAAAAAUUUGGAAAAUGCAUAACUUUAUGGAGUUUACCAGAAGACCAAACACAUUUUUGUGUGUAUGCAUAAAUGCAAUUACUGUUGUCCCAAAGACUGCAAAAACAUUACUAGGAAAAUAUAUGACUCUUUUCGGAAUUAAUAAUUUGACACAGAAAACUGGAAUGGAAAAGUGCUUUAAAGGUUUAAUCCUAUUUUCAUUUUAAUACAAAAAUUCCCAGUUCAUAAUGCUGUCAAACCACUUCGUUUCAAUCUUUAACUUUAACAUAUGAUGUUUGCACAAACCAUUUUGCAUUAUUUAAAAAAUGUAAUUUGAAAGUCCAUUGACUUUUGAUAAUUUGAAUGUUACAUUAGAAUUUUUUAAAGUUUAUUUCUUUAUUUUCGCCAACAGCUGCUUUGAACGAUUUUUUAAACAAGUGAACUUAAAGGAAAAUAAGUUGAUUGCAAAACGUCGAGGAGGAUAUCUCAUGGAUGAUAUAGAGCUGAUUGGUUUAGAUUAUCUUUGGAAGGUUUGUUGGAUGAAUAUCUCAAAUUUUUAGAUUUUGCUUAAAUGUUCUCUUACAAUUAAAUAACAACCAAAUUAUAAGGUUACAAAUCACAUUGAUUUUUAAAUGUUUUAUUACAUAUAAUUUUUUGUUGUGAUUAUAAUAGUGAAAAAUUGUUUGCUUUGACCACACUUCUUACCUUUAAGAAGGUUGAUUGAAAGUUGCCUUUCUUUGAGACUUUGACUUUAUGUAAUAAAAGUGAGAUCAAAAAAAUAUUUUCUUAUAACCACAUAAAAUAUUUAUAAAUUAAUAAAAAUCUUGUGAGUAGGACAAACUGAAGACUGGCCAAAAGAAAAUUAUCCUCUUACUUUGUUAAAGCUGGUACAUAAAAAUCCUCACAUUAUUUUCAAAAGGUUGUUUUGUGGAGUCCAGAUGAUGUAGCAGAAAAAGCCGUGACCCUUUUAAAAGAUAUUUUUACCAACCUGGGUCCCAGGCUGCAGCAAAAGCAAAUAGCCAUCCACGAAGAUUUCAUCACAUCCUGCAUUGACCGACUCAAGGCCGCUUAUGACACUGUCAGUAUCCUGGGUCAAGACACAGAUACAGCCAGCAAAGAGCGUGUCCUUCAAGAAACAGCACGUAUGGUUCGAGUUCUGACAGUACUGAAAGAGUAUUUAGCAGAAUGUGACGAGGCUUACAGAGAGGAGAGAACUAUUUUGCCUCUCAGCAGGUUUGUGUAAAUCUCAUUUCUAACUUUUUAGUUAUUUUUGUUGUCUUUGUCUAAAAUUAAAAAUGAUUAGAUAUGAAGAACAUCAACUUUAAACUAUCAGUUGUAUUUUGCUUUUGUUAACGGACCACUUAAGUGCAUGAUUCAACCAAUUUUCUCAAACUUGUCAUUUCAUUUUCUCUGCUUUAAAAAUAUUUUUCUAAACCUCAAAAAGAAAUUUCUAAAAAUGCAUAGUGUUUUUAACUGUAGCAUUUAACAUAUCUCAUAAGUAAAUUUGAUUGUGACACUUAUGAUUGACCAAGUUAUUUUCGUCUUAGCAAAUCUAUGAAAACAUUUCUUUCACCUUUCUGCCAGAUUCUUAGCAUUUGUGCUUAGCAUAAUGUUGCAGCUUGUGAUGGCAUUUUAAAAAAAAAAAAGAUUUCAUAUUUUGUUACUUGACUGUUGAAUUCCUUGGAAUGAAUGUUUCAGGGCUUGCCGGGGCAAGUUGAUGCACCUGAAAGUGAGGUUCCCAAGCCAAAACCGUCAGGGGGAUGAUGUGGAAAUCUGGUCACACUCCAAUGAAACUGUUGGGCAGGUGCGAAGGCAUAUACUUCAACGGGUAAAAGCCGGCCCCAACAUCAAAGUAGAAUUGUAUGUAAAUGCUGAACAAAUAGACACCAGUGAAGACAAGAAACUUAUCUCUCAGAUCAAUUUAAGGGACAAGCCGGUAAGUGCUCUUCUUAAAAUUAUUUGUUUUGUGUUUUCUAGUUUAUUUAUUGUGUAAUAUUAUUUUAAUGUUAUAGGAAAUCCUAAGUCUUGUUCCAUAUCAUACCCAGUAAUGUAAAUCUUUUUGUGAUUCACAGUUUAAAUGUAUCCCAAUUAACAGGCUCUCUAUUUCUUGUUAAAAUUUGGUUGUGUAUCUGAUAGUAUAUUGUGAGUUGUUUUUUCCGUCUUAAAUUGGCCUUCCAAUUGAUACUUGCAAAGGCUAAAAAAUAACUGUCCAUGUUUUUCAGCUGUAAUAUUGAUCAAAGUCAUUUAUAUUUUAGAAAGCAUUUAACGUAUUUCUCAGCUGCCGUGUCUCUAAUACAGAAUUGGUAUUUUAUAGGAUCACUCUACACUUCCUCAGACUUUAACAGGCAAACUAGUCCAAGUUGGGGGGAACAUGCCAUCUAGUCCAGACAGUAGUAGUGACAGUUCUGUGGGAUCUCCACAUAAUCAAUAUGAUGGGCCAAAUUUAGAGGCUGAGAGUGCUUUGCCCGGAGUGGUAAGUAAUGUAAAAAUAUUAUUUAAAGCUAUGUUUCUAGAGAUAGUGCAACAAUGUGAUAAAAUAAAGUAUUAAAUCUCCAAAUCUCUAAAUUUUAAACAAUUUUAAAUUUUGACAAAGCUGGUUCUUUUAUUCUUUGUUUACUCUGAAUUCUGAUUUUUAAAAUUUACUCAAAGAAAAAUGUACUUUUCAAGCGAUAAACCUUCUUUUACAGAUAAUGUCCCAAAAGCCCCUGUACAGUCAGUUCCUCUUCCAGUUAUCUGAUUUAGGAUGUCAGCUACAGGAGCCAAAAUUACGUGAUACAGCCAGAGCAGUACUUAAAAUAAUGCCUGCAGGUGAUCCAGUUCAUGUUCAUAUCCUCACACUUUGUCUUGAAAAUCUAAAAUUUGUCUUAGUUUUUUUUAUGCUGUGAAUACUCUACCAAAAAUAUGGCAUUAUUUUAAAAUGUAAAAAUAUAGUUCAAUUGGCUAAUAUAAAACUCCUUUCCAAGCUUGGUAGUUGUGAAUAUUAUUGAUUAAAUUCUCAAAAACUUGUCUUGUACAGUCUUUUUCUUAUCACUAAAAUUUUCAUCUCUUUCAUUUCAGACCUUCACACAGUGAAAUCCUUCACAACUAUAUGCUGUGAAGGAGCUACUUCUGGACAACCGGUAUCAGCAGCUCUUGAGGCAAUGUUCUUCAACAGCUCAACAACACAGGCUCUCUAUAACAUUGAGGUAUUUGCACAUAGAACUCUUUUGCUUAAAUGUUUUAAAAACAUCAUUACUAUCGAUUUGGCAGUUUUUGACAUUUUAAAAAAAAAAACAAAAAAACUUUUUGUUACGAUCUUCCCCUCCGAAUUCUGGCAGGUGGUUAGUUGUCUCAAAAUGUCUAGGGGUUUUUCUGUCACAGAUGGUUUAUUAAUUAUUACCAACUGGCGCUCUGUCCCAUGAAUAAUAUAAAGCAUGCAAAGAUCCAACAGACAUAACACUCUAAUGACAACUUAGCAUCCUGAUUAUAACAAAAUAACACCACAACCUGAACUCGAUGAACUGACUCGGUGAACUGCCUUGCACCCUGUGUUCAAACAUCAUUUUAACAUCUCACUUGUUCGGUGUCCUUGCAAACCCCGAUCAAUCAUAACUUGCCCUCACUAAACUAUUCACCACUCAUGAUUAACAGCUAUUCUGUACACAAACAAUAACGCUCACAAAUCCAGAUCAUAACACAGAUGUUAUCAUUUUCCUUGCAGGUUUGCUAUGCCCUUCUCAUGCCUAGUCUAGAUCCUCUUUGUGAAGAGGCAUUUCAUUUUCAAUUGAAAUUUGUACUCAGUGGAGGUAUCCAGCUUGCCAUCAACAUGCUUACAAAGAACAACUUUAUGCCAAGUGCAGAUCUUUCAUCUAAAAGGUUACUUAAAAAAUUUCUUACUCAUCUAAAAGGUUACUUAAAAAAUUUCUUACUCCUUAUAUAACAUUUUAAUGGUCAGACUAUUUAAAAUUUUGUAACAGAACCAUUUUAAAGAUUGACACUUAAAGUGUGCUCUUAAGAAUCAUUUAAAGAUUUCAACACCUAAUGAUCUCCUUUAUUUAUAUGAUAUUAGCUGUCAAUCUCUUCCUUUCAUGUUGAAAGGCCAUUGCACUGUAAACACUUGUUUCAUAUAGCAUCUUAAGGUUUUUGGACUUAAUUGUGAUAAAAUAUACCUGAGAUAACUUGGCCUGAUAAACUUGAUUUCCAGAAUAUUUUUUUUUUCUUCUUCUCAUUACAGAGCAGCUUACCAAACAGUGUUGAAAAUCAGCAAGAUGAUGCUGACGGUUCUGGGCCAUGCCCGUGUUCAGAUUGUGGUGGAGGCUUGCAGCACGGAGGCCAGGGCGGCCACACUGACUCACAAGGCACACGAAGAAGCCGUAGCACUGCAGAAAGCCCUGUAUCAUAUUCCAAGCCCUGAAUCUGAAUACAGCAUGAGGAACGUAGCAUCUAGAUUGGGAUUGCAGCUAGCUGAGCAGGUAGGCUUUUUAAAAUUAUUUUAUCGCAGGCUAAUGACAAACUCACAGUGUUCAAAUUGAGUUGGUUUAAAAACACUUUGAUAAUGUUGAAGUGAUUACUGUCUUGAAUUUAAAAAUGUUGAAGUGAUCAUUGUCUUGAAUUUAAAAAUGCUAAGAUAAUUUAUGAAAACUAAAUAAAUAAUUACAUUAUUAGAUUUUUUUUAUAGUAUAUAAAAAUUAAUAUUUAUAUAUUUAUUAUGUUUGAUUUUUUUUUCAAGGCUGUUGGUGUAAGUCCAGAUCUCAACACAGUUAAAGCAAUAAUGAAGAUAGCCUGGUCCGCAAGUGCCUGCAGCUUUCAUUUGGUCCAAGCUUCGUAUGAGGAUAUACAUUCUGCUUUUGAGAAGGUAAGUGAUGGUUAACAUAUUUAUUUUUGAGCUUUUAAUGAUCAGUGGAAAAGUUUCAAUACUUUUUACAGUCAAAAUACUUAUGAAUUACUGAUUUUUGAUGUUAUCUAUCAAACAUUUUCUGUCAUACUAACACAUAAAAUGAUUGUGAAUGUGGCACAAUUCAAAUUGUUUUAAAUAUAUUCUCUUGCAAUCAUCCUUAUGACAUUAACAGAAUUUAGUAUAAUUCUUUCGGAAAAAUAAAAUGAAUUUUAUGUUUCAUUAUAGCCACGGGAAGCGGGUCCAUCUGAUGGUGAAGAUAUCAUAGUGGCCAGAGAAGGGCUUGAGAAUUUAACAGUGUGUAUUGCCCUCAACCCGCCCACCUUAGAUCAGCUUGACAAAGAGCAUGCGUGGAAAGAUUUUAUCAUUGAUCUGUUGCUUUUGUGUAAAACUCAGUGAGUAUCCUUUACCCACAUUUUUUUUUAAUUAAAUUCAGAAUUUUUUUUUUUACUGCAGUUUAAUCAAGAAAAUAUAGUUUAACAACUGCUAAGCUCUUUUAAGAAAGUUUGUCAAAAUAUCUCUGUUUGAUGUACACAACAGAAUGGGUACUUCCUGAAUUUCAGAUCAUAUUAAUUAUUCUGGGCUUCGUUAUUUUUAUUUUACCUAAAUUGAAGUUUUAAUAAAUUGUAUGACCUGAGACACACAUUAUGGUAUUAAAAUAGUCUUGUAUACCUCAUUUCAGCCAAAGUAUACGUUCAUGUGCUGCAGAGCAAUUUUUGCAGAUGUUUUCCCGGUGUAGUGUUAAUCCCCGUAAUCUCAAGUGGUUGGUCACUCUUCUGUUUACAAAACUAGAGGUGAGUCCAUUUCCACGUUUUAAAAUUUUUUGUUCAAACCUAUUUUAUUGAAUAGUUCACAAGCACAGCUAGGGUAAGAUAUAAUAAACUGAAUAUAUUUAAAUCAAGAAUAGAGUUAAUUAAUCUCCUUUUAAAAUAUUUUUUUUUACAGACAACUGUCAAAGACAAUGCUCAACAGUCCCAUGAAUAUUUUAGUUUGUUAUGCAAGUAAGUACAGUUCAUUAUUUUGUUACUUUUAAUCUGCAAUACAAAUACCUGUAUGAAAGUGCAAUAGGAUGCCUUGAUGUUCCAUGUUGGUAUGUGAAUGUUCUCUAGUGCAAUAAGAUGCCUUGAUGUUCCAUGUUGGUAUGUGAAUGUUCUCUAAUGCAAUAGGAUGCCUUGAUGUUCCAUGUUGGUAUGUGAAUGUUCUCUAGUGCAAUAGGAUGCCUUUAUGUUCCAUGUUGGUAUGUGAAUGUUCUCUAGUGCAGUGGGAUGCCUUGAUGUUCCAUAUUGGUAUGUGAAUGUUCUCUAGUGCAGUGGGAUGCCUUGAUGUUUCAAGCUGGUAUUUGAAUGUGCUCUCUCAUUUUAAAUGAUGUAAUAAAUUGUUAAUUUUUUGUUGUAUUUUUUAUCCCUUAGAUUGCUAAAUCAUGCAUCCAAAGAGGGAUCAAUGACAGUGGAGCCACAAUUGAAUAAUGAGAUUGUUUGGUUGAUGGAAGUUAGAGUUAGUAUUUCUUUUAUGAAAUUACUCUUUUUGUCUUUAUUAACGAUUGGCUGACAGAUUGGACGCUGCCAUUAAAUCAAUGACUGAAUUUAAGAUCAAAAGAUAUAGUUUUGGAACAUCAGUAAUAAUUAUAAUUGCAUCAUACCUCCAUUGUGUAUAAGAUCCAACUAUGGAAAUGUGUGAUUUCAAAGGCCUCUAUCAUAAAUAUGCAAACAUAUGUCUUUUUAAUUGAUCAGGAAGAAAAGAAAAGAGAAUUUGCUACAAUAACAGUUACAAAACCUGCAUUUACCCAGGCUUGGAAACAUGAAAUUUUUAUAAUUUGUUCAAUUGUCAUGUGAUUAAUAAGUUGAAUUUUUAAACAUUAUUAUGGUCAUCUUGCCAUUCUACUGUCAUUUCUUUUCUAACUAUUUCAAGGAUAAAUAUACUUGAAAUUUAAAAAAAAAAUGACUGCUAUUAAUAAUUCAAAUUUUUAAAAAAUUUAAAGGACAGGACAAGAAAAAGAGUCAGGUCGAGCCAAAAAAACCUUGAUUGAUGCUAAAGUAUUGAAGCUAAAAAUCUUGAUUGAUGCUAAAGUAUUAAAGCCAAAAACCUUGAUUGAUACUAAAGUAUUAAAGCCAAAAACCUUGAUUGAUGCUAAAGUAUUGAAGCCAAAAACCUUGAUUGAUGCUAAAGUAUUGAAGCUAAAAACCUUCAUUGAUUCUUAAGUAUACUGUUUCUACUCUUUUUUCCCCUGUUCAGGUUGUUGUCCUGACUAAAACUUAUUUUAAUUUAGUUGUUAAAUUGAUUAUUCACAGAAUCAGUGUUUGAAAUGUGGUGAAAUUCAGGUUGAUGAUGCUUUGCUAGAGGGUCGAAUGUGUAUCACAAAAGAGCUGCUAUCAUUCCAGUCAUCUGAGAAAAAAUAUCAAAUUGGUUGUAAAAGUGGAGGAGCAGAUCUCAUCAAGGUAAAUUAUGAUUGUGGAUAAUGUGCUAAUUUUCUAUUUGUUUUCUGGAGCCUCUGAUAAAGGUGAGGGAAAUCAAAGCUAAAAGAAAAUCAUUACAACAAUGUGUUUUAUGCAUGACCAACACUUGGCCAGACACAGUAAUUAACAAACACUGAGACAAAGGUACAUUUCUCUGUAAAAUUGGCCUAAACUUUAUUCCUCCACUUUUUAGACAUUGGUGGAAGACUUUAUCUUCCCAGCUUCCAAACUUGUUACCCAAUGCCGAAAGAAUGAAGCAGAGUUUCCUGCUGAACACGCUGUUCCAGUUUGUUCCAGUCAGAAUACAGUAGUGGCCGCCUAUGACCUCCUAGUGGCCUUGUGUAUGGAUUGUGUACAAAACCUUCAAUAUCUGGCCAACCUGAUUAUAGAGAUGUACUAUACUGGUCAGUUUUAGUUAACACUUGUGAUUGUCUUUUAAUUUUUUUUAUAGUAAACCAAGAUUAGAUACUGAAACCCACUCCUGCCUAUCUUUUGAUGUCAACUAUCUUUAUGUGUCCUCGUUUUAUAGCCAUUUUAAUUGUUUCUAUGGUAUUGUAGUUACUAUCCUAGUGUCUCAUUUUUAUUUUAGUUAGUUUACAUGUUUUUAAUAAUUGUAAAGCGCUUAGAGCUUUAAGGUAAGCGCUAUAUAAAAAUACCUAAAUAAAAAAAUAAAUAAAAUCUUAUUUUUCCAAUGGAAAGUAACUCCAUCUUCUAAAAGUUAAUAUGUCUUGUAAUAGCUUCAAUGCAAUCCAUAAACUAUAUAAAAAAAUUUAUUUUUUGUAUAAAUAUCUGCAUUGAUAGUUUCAAAAUAUGCAUUUUUUUACUUUUUGGUUUGCUUUUAUGUCUCUCUAAAGCUCAACAUUAGUUUUAUGUUGUCUAAUGUUCACAGACAGCCAACCUGUGAUGGAUUGGGAAUAUGUGCCCUUAGUUGGUCCAAGACCCCCUCGUGGAUUUGUGGGUCUAAAGAAUGCUGGUGCUACUUGUUAUAUGAAUUCAGUUUUACAGCAGGUAAUCUCGAUUUAAAUAUUUUGCUGAUUUUCAAGUAAGUAAGGAAAUGUUCUAAAUGCCAUUUGUUAGGUAUUUUGUAUACCUUUUCUUACUUAAGGCCAAGCUGUUUUUAAACUGGUAUACACAAAUACCCAGUUUGCAAGGAGCAUGUCAUAGAAAUAGCUGUUUUGGUUUAAAAAUUUUGGCCUGUGGCUAGUUUUGUGACAUAGUAGAAGUAACUUUUUUUAAAAAUCUUAAAUAAGCUGUACUUUAUAUUUUAACAAUGAGGAUGGUUUUGAAAUUUCAAUGAAAAUUAAUCCUUUGAUUUCAAAUUCUUUUUUAUAGAAGACUUCCCUUUUUAAUAAAUAUAAAUAGGUGUUUCCUAUUCUUCUUUGUAAAUUCAGUUGUUCAUGAUUGAGCCCAUUAGAAAUGGUAUUUUGGCCGUGGAAGGAGCUGCUGACAACGUGGAAGAGGAAAUGCUCAUCAUUGAGAAGGAAAACAGCAUGUCUAUGGUGAACACAGAGAAGGAAAAUACAAUGGUAACUUUUCAUGCUGUCCAAAACAGCAUCUGAAAUAUGUAAUAAACAAACAUGUCAAGCUUCCUUUAGUCUAAUUAGACUUUGUAUCUGUGCUUUGGUCACUCCGUAAUUUAAAAUUUAUUGUAAUUUAAAAAUAGAUUCAAUGACGGGCGGCCCAAACCAAAAAAUUGAAACAAAAACAGAGCAGUUAUGAAACCUAUUAUAUUUAGAAAAAUGAUUUUGAGAUCUCUUUCCUGCAGGGCUGUCAGGUCAAAGACGAGGAUGUCGAUGUAGGACAGACACAGUCCAAAGAAGAUGAGAGGAAAUCCUACAAUCUGGGCGUGCUCAGACAGAUUCAAGUGAUAUUUGGUCAUCUAGCUGCCAGCAAACUGCAGUAUUUUGUACCUAGGGGAUUUUGGAAACACUUCAAGUAAGUUCAGCUUUAUCAUUCUACACAUUGUGAGAUCAUUUAUUUCAUAUUAAAUUGUGCUGUUGGCCUUGUACAUGCUUAUUAGAUGUCCUGUCUAUCAACAAUUCUUGCCUCAUCUAUCCAAUAAAUAUCAGAUGUAUGAUCUGACCAUUGAAAACAAGAUAACUUGAUCUCAUUUAAUGUCCUUCUCGUGUACAGACUGUGGGGGGAGCCAGUUAAUCUGAGGGAACAGCAUGAUGCCCUGGAGUUCUUCAACAGUCUGGUAGACAGCUUGGAUGAAGCAUUGAAGGCCAUGAACCAGCCCAGUAUUCUGUCACAGGUUAUGGGUGGGUCAUUUGCUGACCAGAAGAUCUGCAAAGACUGCCCCCACAGGUUCUUAUAUAUCUUGAGAGUUACAUAAAUCUAUGUUUAGUGUUUGUCUUAAAAUGUCUCCAAAUUGUCCAUAUUCUGAAUGAAAGACAUUUAAACAUGUUAAAACUGCUUUUAAUAUUACAAAUUUAAAGUUUUUAAGCAUUAAAAUAAGUUUAUAAGAAUACAUAAAAAUUGGAUACUACAAUAUUAUAGACCAAAAUAACUUCCAGAACAUAUUAUGCUGCAGUUUAUUUAUUGGUAUCUGAUUGCUGGAAAAAUUCAUUUGUAAAGCUGUAUACUGUUAUACAUUUUUUGUUGUUCAUGGUGAACAUAGAGAGGGGUGAGGGGAGAUAAGAAACAUCCAUGGGAGAGAAUCUGAAUCUAUGGCAGUAUAGGGGUGGGGGGGGGGGAUGUUGGAAAAUUCAUUUGUAAAGCUGUAUACUGUUAUACAUUUUUUGUUGUCCAUGGUGAACAUAGAGAGGGGUUAGGGGAGAUAAGAAACAUCCAUGGGAGAGAAUCUGAAUCUAUGGCAGUAUAGGGGUGGGGGGGGGGGAUGUUGGACAACUCUGCAGAAGGUGCAGCAAACAUUAAGUUUAAUCAGCUGAUCUACUGGUAAAUACCCUUGGUUUGAUCCAUCAACUUUAAAAUUUAACCAAUUUUUCUAAUUAUUUUUUCAAAAUUUCAAUUUUAUCUCAAGUAUAUACCUAAAUAUAGAAAAAAAAAAUGGAAAAAAAAAAUCCACAGAUUUGAUGUAACCCAUAGCCUAGAUUCCUGUUAUGUCAUUGCUAAAUGCCAUCUGUUGCACGUGAUUGUCAUUUUCCCAUUUUAAACUACAUUGUACUAAUGUAAAAUGGCAUGUAGGCCCUUUUUUGCUUUUACAGUCAAAUAAUUUUUGUGGUGGGGUCACAUUAGCCCACAAGUUGCCGUCUGUCCUAAUGACUAAGGUGGCCUUUUGAGGGUUAAUAUGUUAAAUUUGAAAAGCCCAAUGAAUAAUAAUCUUUCUCCAAAAAAUCUAGAUAUCAAAGAGAAGAGGCCUUCACAACAUUAAAUGUGGACAUCAGAAAUCAUGCCAAUUUGUUUGAGUCCUUGGAACAGUAUGUCAAAGGAGAUUUAUUAGAAGGGGAGAAUGCAUACCAUUGUGAAAAAUGCAACAAAAAGGUACCAGAUUAACAAGAAAAAAAGAUUGAGUUCGAUGUUAUAAAUGUAAGCGAUAAAUUCAAUGAGCUUAACUUAAGUUUGGCCCAUCUUGGCAUAUUUACUGUCUAUGUUUCAAUAAAAUCAUCAUUUCAUUUACCUUUACCAGGUGGAUACGGUAAAGCGACUUGUGAUAAGAAAACUGCCAAAAAUUCUUGCAAUACAGUUAAAACGUUUUGAUUAUGACUGGGAAAGGUAAAAAAUUUAUUUAUUAAUUUCUGAACUUUUUUUUUCUUCUUAUAUGUAUUUUAUAUUUCAAAUUGAUAAAGAAUUAAUUGGUUAUUUAGAAAACUUUAAAGAUUGAAAACAACAAAUCAUUUAUUAAAUUGGUAUGAAAGGUGGUAAAUUAAAUAUCUGUCAGGCGCAGAUUUUCUCAUCUAAUUUUUAAAAUGUCAGAUCAUUGGUAACUAGUGGCUAAUGGCAGUCCUUUCAUUUAUAUUGGCUAAUGGCACAAUUAGACAUCUGGAAUUCAAGUUUGAAGCUUUGUGGAUUCAAACGUUGAAUUUCCCAACACAGAUUGGGUACCGGUAUAAAAUGUAUAUACUAAGAAGUGAUUGGGCAUAGCGAUAUGGAUACAUUUGAUUAAUUCAAACAGUUCCAUCUAAAUGUACUCAGCGGUGAAAGCUUUUGUGUUUGUGAAUAAUUUCUUGAUAUAAAUUGAAAUGUAGCUGUUACAUUAAAUUAAUUGUGAAUAAUUUCUUGAUAUAAAUUGAAAUGUAGCUGUUACAUUAAAUUAAAGUGCCAUCUUUUUAAAAAACAUGACAUAUUGGGUUAAUAUGUACCUGUUGUACUCACUGUUUAAAGGGAAUGUGCAAUCAAGUUCAAUGAUUACUUUGAGUUUCCUAAGGAGUUGAACAUGGAACCAUAUACUGUACAGGGAUUAGCCAAAAUUGAAGGUAAGACAUUCAGCUGACAGAAAUGUAGUGCAUUCAGUGGACAGCACAGCAGGGCAUUCAUUUAACAGGAAGGUGGUAUGUUCAGGAGACAGUACAGCAGUGCAUACAGUUGACAGGAAUGUAGUGCAUUCAUUUAACAGGAAGGUGGUAUGUUCAGGAGACAACACAGCAGUGCAUUCAGUUGACAGGGAGGUGGUACAUUCAGUUGACAGGAAGGUAGUGCAUUCAGGAGACAACACAGCAGUACAUUCAUUUGACAGGGAGGUGGUACAUUCAGGUGAUAGGAAUGUAGUGCGUUCAGUUGACAGGAAGAUAGUGUGUUCAGAAGACAGUAAAGCAGUGCAUUCAGUAGAUGGGCCCAGCAGUGCAUCAAUUGACAGGAAGGGAAUACAUUCAGCUGACAGGAAUGUAAGGCUUUCAGUGGACAAGAGUGUAGUGCUUUGAGUGGACAAGAGUGUAGUGCUUUGAGUGGACAAGAGUGUAGUGCUUUGAGUGGACAAGAGUGUAGUGCUUUCAGUGGACAAGAGUGUAGUGCUUUGAGUGGACAAGAGUGUAGUGCUUUGAGUGGAGAAGAGUGUAGUGCUUUGAGUGGAGAAGAAUGUAUUCAAUUGAGUGGACAAGAAAGUAUUCAGUUGACAGCAAAGUAGUUUAUUUAACACCAUAAAAUAUAUUAGAUUUUUAAGAAUGUAUGGAGGUGAAAAUAGAAAACGAUUUUAAUUAUUAUUUUUUUAUAUUAAAAUAUUUGUUGUACUUAAGGCAAGGAUUAAACAAACAAAAAAUAACUAUUCACUAAAUGUGGACACAUUAAUUUUUUUUUUACAAUACCUAAUUGAGUUGCCUUAAGAGAUCGUCCAUUUCAAGUGAUAUGUAUGUGGGAUUCAUUGCAAUUAGUAAAUUCAUUUAGUAAAUUCUGUAACUAUUCUGAUGGUUAGCAAUAUUUUACAAUUCAUAUAAAAAUAAUAACUUAAUUUUCAACAGGGGAAAUAAUUGAUGAGUUUGAUGCAGCACAGAGCACAAAGUACAGAUUAGUUGGUGUUUUAGUUCACAGUGGUCAAGCCAGCGGUGGUCAUUAUUACUCUUACAUUCUUCACAGGUAAGAUAAAAGAGGACAGUUACACCUUUCAAGUUUCGAGUAUUAGUAAUGGUUACAAAUCUCCUUAUAAUUUCUUUAAUGAGGAUGUUAUGAUUGAAUCCAAUUUAUUCUUUAACACCCAGUAGUUUCUGUCUCAGAAGGAAAAAAAAAAAUGAAUUUAAAUAGUUAUUAGUUAUUUUCAAAUUCAAAUUUGUUUUGUUUUGAUUUUAUAGGUCACCUAAUGAUCCUGCACCUAAAUGGUACAAAUUUGAUGAUGGGGAUGUGACAGAAUGUAAGAUGGAAGAUGAGGAAGAAAUGAAAAAUCAGUGUUUUGGUGGAGAGUAUCUUGGAGAAGUCUAUGAUCAUAUGCUAAAACGGUGAGUUAAAAUGUCAACUGAAUGUACCACCUCUCUGUACACCGAGGACUAAGUUAAAUUUUAUUAGCCGUAUUGUCAAUUUGUAGAAGCUGAAAGGGCUGUCAAAAAUUUUUGCUGAUGAAAUUUCAAUUCAUGAAAAUAAAUGGGGACCUUUACUUUCCCAUAUACAAACAAUAUAAAUUUAUCAGCGUCAAAGAAUCUAAAACACAUGCUGAAAAAAAUGUGUUGCUAUGUUUUUGCUGGCGGUCAAGAGAUAUUUGAAUGUUAUCUAGACACGGCUAACUAAGAAGAAUGUUCAAGCUUGCUUUUGAUUCUUGAUUGAUUUUGAUUGGAUAUUUAUAUAGCGCUGGUAUCCAUGCUACUUUAGCAUGCUCACUGCGCUCUGGUUUUAUUAAAUCUAUUUUAACAAACAAGUUUUAAAAUGUUUAUUAAAUGGUUUUUUAUCAUUUUUAAUUCCCCUCAAAGAUUGAGGCAGACUGUUUCAUAAUUUUGGCGUUAUCGCUUCAAAAGAGCGCACUCCGUAAGACUUUUUUCUGUGUUCAUCUGCAGUGGGAAUUUUCAUUAAGGACUGUGUUGAAGAUAGCAGGUUCUUUAAGGAUACAUGUUUAUAAAUCAGUUCUUUAAGAUAUUCUGGUACAGAGCCUUCUAUGCUUAGCUGACUGAAAUAACAUUCCUCUGAGCUUAAAAAACCCAAAAAGCAGCAAUAGGGAUGCAGAGCAUGCAGAGAGUCUUUAGCUUUGUUAUACUUUGACAAUACAUUAGAGACCCCCCUCCAGAAUUAGGUACCCUUCAGUGUGCUGAAAGAUACAUAUUAUUUUUAUUUAAUAUAGUUAAGUUGGUACGGUAACCGGUAAUGUCCAGAAUUCAGUAGCUUAAUUUUAUGAAUGCUUUGGUUUCUGUAAAAAUAAAAUAAAUACAUUCUACAGUUCUGCAUUCCGACGCCAGAAACGAUGGUGGAACGCAUACAUUCUGUUUUAUGAGAGGAUUGAUGAUUUUACAGAGGAAGAGAUUAGUAAAGAAAUGAACAGUCUUUCAUUAGGUAUCAAUUGUUGAAUGAGUAUUGUUUAACUAAUUAAUUUUAUGUAAGUGCCAAUAGAAAUGCUGUUUGUAGUUGUCUUCUUUACAUUAAAAAUAGUUGAUGUUCCAUUUGUUUACAAGGGGUGCUAAAAAUAGUUGAUGUUCCAUUUGUUUACAAGGGGUGCUAAAAAUAGUUGAUGUUCCAUUUGUUUACAAGGGGUGCUAAAAAUAGUUGAUGUUCCAUUUGUUUACAAGGGGUGCUAAAAAUAGUUGAUGUUAAAAUAAAAGUAGUUAAUGUUACGAUAAAACUAGUUGAUGAAUGUCAGCCAUGGACAAUAAAAAGUUUGUGCCUUUGAUUAUUUAUUUUGUACUAUAAAAAGUUGAUAUCUUUUCUUAAAAAUACCAAUCAACCACUACGGAUGUUUUUCUUUUUAUUUCAGCAGCCAAUUCCUUACCCCCAAUUAAAAUGCCUCAAGCCAUAGAGAAGGUGGUGAGAAGAGGAAACAUUCGAUUCAUGCAUGAAAAAAGUCAGUUCUCAGUGGAGUACUUCACAUUCAUGAAGAAGCUGGUUGUUUGUAACCAGUUCAUUAUCAACCAGAGCAUCAUUGAGGCCAAAGUCGUAAGUACAAGGGGUGCUAAAAAUAAUAGUAAUUAGAUGUGACUAGCAGUAAGUAAAAAAAAAAAAAGGUGGUCUUGGGGUUGUUUUCAAGUUAAGUUUACCAGUAUAGUGAGUAAAAUAAUGGUAUCACAAUUUAACUGAAGAAUUGUAUCAUUUGGUUCCACUGUUACUUGAUCUUAUUUGAAAGCUCCCUAUUGAAAUAAUUUUCUUUAAAAAAAAAAACUGCUUCUAAAUUUUUAAAAAUAUUCUGAACAGAAAUAAGGGGAAAUGAUCUUUUGUUCUUUUUCAUGCCACUUGAUACACAAUAAGUUUUGCUCUAUGAAUUAGAUCAAUUCAUAAACUUCUUUCUUGUUAUUUACAGACUCAAGAAAUUGAGCAGAUAUCCAUGAUAAGUACAGAGCUGGCAUCCAAAUUCCUAUUCAAUGUGGGUUUCAAGACAAAGAAGUCUCUGAGGUACUGAAUGAUUUGACAGUUGAAUGAGAGAUCCACAAACUGUCCCUCAAGUCACAUAUGCUUCUUCCUCCUUUAGUUUUCUUUUGGGGAAAAUUUGUUCACACAUGAUCUUACAUUUUUUCUCAAACAAUUCCUCCUGUGAGACUUUUACUUAAGAACAAAAACAAAGCAUUUGAAAAUUAAAAGAGAUUAAUUUAAUUAAAAUACAUCAGAUUAAUGUUGGGUUAAUCUAAUGCCAUAUUUUUAAUGUUAAAAUUAACACAUGAUUUAAUUUUACAUCAUAACUUACAUUACUAAGAUUGACAUUUACAAGGUGGCCAACUGACAAAAUAUGAAAUCAGUAAAAAAUUUGGAACAAAUUAAUCAGCAAGAAAUCUGUCGCUUGAAUUGUUAACAGACAAAUUCUGAACAUUUAAAAAUACUUUUUUUAUUGCUGACAAAAAAUAUGUUCCAUUCUAAAAGACUCGUACCAUCAUACAAAGUCCAUUCCUUAUUCUUUAUGAACAGUUACUUGUUCCAUCUGUCUAACAGGGGCCCUGCCGGGGAGUGGUCAGAAGCCCUCCACAUCCAUUUCCGGAUAAGCAAGAAUGUUCGGUCUUGGUUUGCCCUCAAUGUUUUAUUCAAAAAUCCCAACAUUCUUACUGAAUAUUUAUUGGAGUGUCCAUCAUCUGAGGUGAGUUACGGGUGGGAUUGUUCCUUCCAUUACAUGGUUCAAUAUAACUUUUGCAUUGAUCAAACUUUAAAAUACCUAUAUUUAUAUCGACUUGUACAUAAUCGACAUGAGUUUAUAAAUUUAUUAAAAUUCAGUAAACUUACCUGUGUCAGCAGAUUGUUAUUCUUAAAGAUUUUUCUACUCUACCCCAAAAGGAACUUAUUUUUUAAGCAAGAGCCCUAAAAUGCUGUAGAUUUGACCAAAAAAAUUUUUUUUUAUAAUCUUCUGAAAGUUUUCAUUAUAAGAAUAAUUUUAAAAAUCAAUUAAAAUAUUUUUGUAGGUGCGAGGAACAUUUGUGAAGAUAUUUGUGAUAUUGACCAGUUUGACACUAAUGGAUGGACCAUGUCCACAAGCCAUUGCAUCUCUCUCAGGUUAGUUCUGUGUUCUACUACAUCUUACAUGGCUGUCUGAAUUAUUUAUCUUUGUAAAUUAUUUUUAAAAUGAUUAUUGGCCAGCUGGCAUUCAGUUGUUUUAAAUUUAUCAUAGUUUUGAGUGAAAAAAACUUAGUUUGUAAAGAACUAAAAAAACAACUUGUCUAUACAUUUUUAAUUACAGCCGCCAAUGCCCAGCUAGACCAGAAUGCAACUUUGAGCGACCACCUCCUUGUUGCCGCUCUCUCAUUACUGAAGAAGGACAUCUCUGAGCACGGUCGUCACCUACAGCAAUACUUUCACCUAUUUCUCAUGUAUCUCAGCAUGAACCCCAAUAACCCAGAAAUGAAUCUUAAAAUUGUGAGCUCUCCACUAAAUUCUUUAAAUCGUGAUCCUAACUUGACAAUUGUGUUGUAAUUGACCAAAAUAGUUGUGUUGUAAUGCACAAAAGUUAAUUUUCCAUUUGUUUAUUAGUUAGUCAUAAUUCUUUGUGGUUAUUGGUCUUGGUUUAUUUUUUUGUUUAGUUGUUGGGGCUGAGAGUUAAAAAAUAAAAUAAAUCUUCUAGCAUUCGGUCGAUGGGCAAGUGAGAGGGUUUUGUUUGUAACAUUUACUCAGUAAUAUUCCUCUACUUGGUAACAGGUGUAAUAAUAGGAUUUCACUGCAGGCAUUGAUUGUAAUAAAGGUUUGGUCAGGAUAUUGGGUUAAGAUUUUUUAUCUUUCCUUGGCCUGAAAUUCAGAAACUUCAACUUUUGAAACUGAGGGUACCUGCUCAGUUCAUGCUUGUUGCUCUGGAUGAAGGCCCCGGGCCACCCAUCAAGUACCAGUAUGCCGAGCUCAGCAAGCUUUACUCUGUAGUGUCCCAGCUGGUGCGGUGCUGUGAUGUGUCUCAGAGAUGUCAGUCAUCAACGGUGAGUGUCCCCUUCCCAGUGGCGGCAAAAUAUACUUUCUAUUACCAAAAUAUGAGCAGUUUUGAAUCCUCUGUCACAGACUUAGAUUUGGGAUCUGCUGCACUCUAACCUUUUGAUAACUCUGAAGACAAACCUAUCAUAUUUUAAGUUACUCAUCAACGGCUGCUCAUCACUGUUAAAUCCACUGGUUUAUUACACAGGGUUUGCAGUGAAAAAGUAGCCCGCCACCGGUGAUAGUAGGUCAAGAUGAACAAGCAAGUGGCUGAUUUUUCUUCCAUACCCACGAGUUACAGCUAAUGGUGGGACCACUGAAAGUUGUGGUUCCACUAGAAUCUGCUUUAACUUGUGGGUAAGUGAAAAAAAAACAAGCCAUUAGGUCAUUCAUCUCAUCCUACUAUGACCUGAUUCUGGCCACUUUUGUGUAUCCCAUCUUGUAGAUUUAACCAGCACCCAAAAUGGAUCUUUCAUUUAUGCAACCUUUUUAUUUAAAGGUGAUUUUUCUAGAGUUAAAUUUUAAAUAGAUUAAUAAUUAAUAACUAUCUGACCUUCAUUUAAAAAUAAGGCAGUAAAUUAUUUGCUUUAAAAAAUAGAUAACCAAGACACAUUGCAAUGGUCUAUAACAUGUUAUUUAUUUUUUAAUGGAGUUUUAGAAUGCAUACCCUUGUUUUUUGUUUUCAGAAUCAGCCACCCCUUCCAAACCCCCAUGGUGACCCACUGUGUCCUAAACCCUUGAUGCCAAUACAGCAUCAGGUGGGGGAUAUAUUAUAUGGCCGUAGUGUCUAUGUCAAGAAGAUCAUUGAGGAGGCCAAUGCUGUAGAUGAAACAGCCAAGCUGUUGAAGGUCAUUUUGAAACAUAAUUUUCUUGUUAAACAUCUUUUCAUUGUUUAGUAAUUCCAUUUUUUUUAUAAAUUUUAUGUUUAUUAUAUGAUCUGUUUUAUAUAUAAAUAAAUUUCCUCAUCUGUGAAUUGAAUGCAAUUAAUGUUUAGUUAUUAUUUGAUUUGUUUGCACCAAACUUCAUGUGACUUUGAUCAAUUCUGUCUGACUUUGAUCUCCUGUCUGACUUUGAUCUCCUGUCUUAAUCUUCUAUAUAGUUUUCCUUCUCCAACAUAUGUACCAUAUAUUUUUAAUAAAGCAAUGCCCUUAUAUUUCUAGUAUUGUUCCUGGGAAAAUCCCCACUUCUCCUCUGUGGUCCUCAGCGAGUUAUUAUGGCAGGUGAGUGGUUGUUAUGUUACUGAUUGGUGAGUUAAAGGUGGCACUUGUUAUUAGAAUGCAAUAAGCAAUUUUGAAAAUAAAUUUAUAAAAAAAAUAGAUUAACCCACUCCUAUCUCUACUGCAUGUUUACGUUCUACAUCUUCUGCAGCUUUGCAGCUUCCCACAUAUUGUCUAUCACUAUCACAUGUACUGUCUCUCGCAUCAAUUAUUUCCCCGAUAUGGUAGUUCGCUCAUUCAGGGGACAAAAUUUCCCUGAUAUGGUAGUUCGCUCAUUCAGGGGAACUAGCAUCAUAACAUCCAUCUAUAUAUAUAAUUCGCCAGAAGUAAGGCAAACAAGAAAACGACCACGAAGGCUAUUUAUAGAUACGCCAGAGCAAGCAAAUCGCAGGCGAACCCUCCCGUCCCUUGCCUGCCCAUCGUUGGUCUCGAGACAUGCGCACUGCUGUGGCGCUACCACCCCCUCUCCUGCACUAAGCCGCCGUUGGGCUAUAAAUUAGUUCAUGGGCGUGAAAUAAAAAGUGUGCAGUGACUAUCAUGAAAGGGGGUGGGGGGGGGGGGGAGGGGGUAGCGAAAUUGGCAUUCUUAAAUGUGCAUAACUUGAGUUCACGUUUUUUUCAAGUAACUUCAGUAGGGGAAGUUCACGCAUUGCUGUCGCCAAUGUUUGGCGGGCUAUAUCUAGUAUGAUAUAACUCUUCUUUUUGCAUUGUUAACCUCUGAUUCUUUACUUUUGUGGUUCUUUUUGUCAUAAGUCUCACUUAUAAAAAUUGCUUGGUAUUAAAAAAAAAAAUCUUUUAAGGUUGCAUAUUCCUACACCUAUGAGUUACGACCAUAUAUGGAUCUGUUGCUACAAAUGCUGCUUUUAGAAGAUUCCUGGCAGACCCACCGUAUUCACAAUGCAUUGAAGGGAAUCCCUGAUGAUAGGGAUGGCCUGUUUGACACUAUACAAAGGUCCAAGAACCACUACCAGAAGAGGGCAUAUCAGUGUAUUAAACUGAUGGUGGCUUUAUUCACUCAGUAAGUCUUUAAAUAUACAGUACUUUGAACUUUUCAAGCAGUGUACACAAUUGACUAAAAUCAACCUUUCUUCCCCUUUACAUUCUGUGUAUUUCCAAAACAGGGUGGGACUUAACGCAUGCUAUUUUUAAAUGCUUUGGUUAACUUGACAAUAAAAAUUAAGGACUGCGUUUUUUAACUACUUUUUUUAUUUUUAUGUUUUCAUUUGCCCUGUUUGCUAAGGAAGGCUCUUAGCCAAAACGUUUGUCUUUUAUCGUCCUGUCUUUCUAUGUUAAGCUUCCACAUGCCUUGUUCUUCCAUUUUGUUUAAUUUGACUUGAGCAUUGCAACACUUGGACUACUUUCUGAAAACUUAAUUAAUUCUAGAGCUAUAGUGGCAUGUCAUCUCUAAUGGGGAUGUGUUCCUGACCCGUUGGGCUCAAUCCUAAGAAAUCAGCCAAUAGGCACCAUGUCAAUAAAUCUAAAUCAAGGAAAUUGUACUGUCAACAUGAAACAGCUUAGUCAAUCACAAAGCAAAAUGGCUUACUGGACACAAGAAACCAAACCUUAACACUGAUUCAGCUGUUUACAAAAUUAUUAUUAAAUCAAGAGCCAGUACAGUUGAAUUAUGGGACAAAAAUGGAAAAUCAACAAGCCAGUACAGUUGGCUCACAGGAGUCAAACAGUUAAAUAUUUGCUUACCUUGACUUGUUCUAAAAUAGUUCUAAAUUGGCAAUUUCAGAAUUUGUAACCUAGUCUAAUAAGAUAACUAAUUUCAUUCCAUAAAUUUAAAAAGAGAACCAAAUACUUCUCCCAAAAAAUUACUUUAUUUACAAUAAUCAGUUUUGUGCCAGUAUUUUCCAUCAUCUGUUCUUUCCCAGAAUCCUCCUAUGAAAACAAUUCAACAGCAGUAAUCUUAUUUGACUGCCAUUGGCAAAGCACACCAUUCAUGAUAUGUUUUAUUUGUUAAGAUUGUGUUAUCAUGUAAACAGGAGAGCACACACAAAAGCAAAACAAACAGAAAAAAUUAUUGUCAUGGUCAGAUCACUUGAUUAUGUAAUGUGUCUGGGUUGAUAAUUUUAACAGUGAGCAAUAAUGUUUUUCCUUUUGGAACUUUCCUUUAUUUCACACCACUUUGACUCAGACGUGAAUGCGCUCUUUUUUGUUAUGAGGGAUAUAAUUGUUAUGUAGUCAAGAUGCAUUUGUUUUAAAGUAAUGAGUGACUGGUUUCUUGAGCUGGGUGCAGAAAUUUACAUUUUUUCAAAUGUCAAAUGUGAACACUAUUGUUACUAGUUUUUUUAUUGGGCAUUGUGUCAUAACACAUCAUUUAAAUAAUUACAGGAUACCUUUAUUUCAAACCAUCUCGUUAAGUUAUUUGAAGCGAGAAAGAAAACGGAGUUUAGACUCUAACCUGAUAUUGUUUUCUUUGGCCGUUGGGAGAGGGACAACGCGCCACAAUGAUCUUUCAUUAAAAAAAUAAAAGUCAUAACAUUUUAAUUAUAUCAUGAGUUGUAAAAUUGAGGGGGGGGGGGGGGGGUUUAAAAAAAAAACCCCCCCCCCCCCCUUUUAAAAAAUUUUGUUUAAUGUAACUCUCCAAUAAAACAAUAGCUAUACCCAGUAAUUUUGUUUAAUGUAACUCUCCAAUAAAACAAUAGCUAUACCCAGUAAUUUUGUUUAAUGUAACUCUCCAAUAAAACAAAAGCUAUACCCAGUAAUUUUGUUUAAUGUAACUCUCCAAUAAAACAAAAGCUAUACCCAGUAAUUUUGUUUAAUGUAACUCUCCAAUAAAACAAAAGCUAUCCCCAGUAAUUUUGUUUAAUGUAACUCUCCAAUAAAACAAAAGCUAUCCCCAGUAAUUUUGUUUAAUGUAACUCUCCAAUAAAACAAAAGCUAUACCCAGUAAUUUUGUUUAAUGUAACUCUCCAAUAAAACAAAAGCUAUCCCCAGUAAUUUUGUUUAAUGUAACUCUCCAAUAAAACAAAAGCUAUCCCCAGUAAUUUUGUUUAAUGUAACUCUCCAAUAAAACAAAAGCUAUACCCAGUAAUUUUGUUUAAUGUAACUCUCCAAUAAAACAAAAGCUAUCCCCAGUAAUUUUGUUUAAUGUAACUCUCCAAUAAAACAAAAGCUAUCCCCAGUAAUUUUGUUUAAUGUAACUCUCCAAUAAAACAAAAGCUAUACCCAGUAAUUUUGUUUAAUGUAACUCUCCAAUAAAACAAAAGCUAUCCCCAGUAAUUUUGUUUAAUGUAACUCUCCAAUAAAACAAUAGCUAUACCCAGUAAUUUUGUUUAAUGUAACUCUCCAAUAAAACAAAAGCUAUACCCAGUAAUUUUGUUUAAUGUAACUCUCCAAUAAAACAAAAGCUAUACCCAGUAAUUUUGUUUAAUGUAACUCUCCAAUAAAACAAAAGCUAUCCCCAGUAAUUUUGUUUAAUGUAACUCUCCAAUAAAACAAAAGCUAUCCCCAGUAAUUUUGUUUAAUGUAACUCUCCAAUAAAACAAAAGCUAUACCCAGUAAUUUUGUUUAAUGUAACUCUCCAAUAAAACAAAAGCUAUCCCCAGUAAUUUUGUUUAAUGUAACUCUCCAAUAAAACAAUAGCUAUACCCAGUAAUUUUGUUUAAUGUAACUCUCCAAUAAAACCGUAGCUAUCCCAGGUAACUUUCUUUAAUGUUACUCCAAUUAAGCAAUAGCUAUCCCCAGUAACUUUUUUAAUGUAACUCUCCAACAGAAUAAUAGCUAGCUCCAGUAACUUUAUUUAAUGUAUCUCUCCAACAAAGAAAUAGCUAUCCUCAGUAACUUUCUUUAAUGUAACUCUCCCAACAAAGAAAUAGCUAUCCUCAGUAACUUUCUUUAAUGUAACUCUGCAACAAAGAAGUAGCUGUCCCCAGUAACUUCCUUUAAUGUAACUCCAAAAUAAAUGUAAACGACCCCACUAACCAUUCCCUUUAUUUCAGUGUUUUUUUCGUUUGUUUUUAUCAUUUCAUCCGUAAUUUUAAAAUCCCUAUUUUAUUUGACAGCGUCCAUAUCCUGGUAACACUCAGUAUCAGACAUACAACAAUUGGUCUCCUCCAGCCCAGUCAAAUGAGACGAGCAAUGGGUAAGAGAUCUUAAAUUUUUUUACCUCGUACCCAAGUUUUAUUUUGUAGAAUUCUUGUUAAAUGACGUGGUACAUAAUGUAGGACCUAUCUAUGCACAAAUACAUUUAUAUAUAUAAUAUGAUUAAAAUUUGACGAGACACACAGACACCAAUUUCCCACAUAGGUAACCCAUCGCCUUGUGCUAUAUGAUGCUUGCUCAAACUAAUCAAAUGAUGGCUCUGUUAUCUUAUGAAAACAUUAAGAAAUCAGAAUGCAUUUAUAUUAAUUCGAUUUUAAGUCAUCAAAGUUUAGAAUGGCCUUCCGAGCGCUUGAGAAAUAUUUAGCAAGCUUACAGUGGUAAAAACUGUCAUAUAUAUAUAUUGAUAUGGAAUUUAUUACAAUUGAUGCUGAAAGUGAUAUAGAUAAACCAUGUUUGAAAAUGACUCUCAUUUUGGGUAAUGGGAAUAUGAUUGGGUUGGAUUUACUGUAACUGUGCACUCAUCUUUUAUUCUGUGGUGUGUUUGACUAAAAAAUUGGGCUAUUGCAGAUAUGUUUACCCUCAAACUCUUAAAAUCGUACCAUAUCAUAAAAAAAUCAUUCAACACAUUAUCUUAAUAGUAAAAAAAUAAUAAUACAGUAUAUUCAAUGUAUACACCUCAAAAUCAUACAUUGAAUGCCAAAAUUGUAAGAGUGAACAGGUCUGUUAUUGGUUUUAUAGUUCAAACAAUUUUGGAUCAUUUUGGACAUUUGUAUUGUUCAAUACAGCUAUGAUUAAUGGUAGAAGAGAUUUUUUAACAGUGAUAAAUUAUUCAAUUCAUUUUUUAAAUUUAAUUUCUUAUUACAAUUUUAAAAACAUUUAUAAAAACUGCAUUCAAUUCAAAUGAUGUAUAACACUCCAGGUCUAGCAUUUAUAUAAUUUUCAGGAAAAUGAGAUUAUGAUUUGAUGCAUUUAUUGAAAAUAUACUCUCCAUUUUUCUGCUGCUAUAUGUGUCAUUUAAUAAAAAAGGAAGAAAAUUUGUAAAUGCAUUUUUAUUGAACAAUAUAAAUAAAAAAUGUAAAAUAAUUUUUUUUGUCUGCUGUCAAAAACAAUUUUUUUUCCUAUAAUCCUAAUUUAUAUGAAAAUCAAUUUUAUAGAAAGUAAGUAUUGCUUUUGUUGCAGUAUGUGUCUGAAAUUGUUGGCAUAACCAUGAAGAGAAAAUAUCCCCCCCCCCUCCCAAUCCUCAAAGAGUUAAGAAAAAUCUAAAUUCUGAUUUCAUUAAAGGUUUUACUACAUGAAAUCUACUUUUUUAUAAAGUGAUAAUGUGCUGUCAUUGGUGUUUUUUACUUAGUAAAUUGUAUAACAACAGUAUAUUUGAAUUUGUCAUUUUAAUUCUUUACAAAAAAACUUUUUUUUCCUGCCAAAAAUGUCUCUUAUUAUAAUAUAAUCUUCUUUUGCUAAUCAGGUAUUUCCUUGAAAGAUCUCAGAGUGCAAGGAUGACUUUGGCUAAAGCUUUUGAAUUGUGUCCGGAUGAUGUAAGUAAAAUGUUUCCUUCUUACUGUUAUUAUAUAUCCUACGUAAAUGGGACAAUUUUCUGCCUACCACCAAGAAGCAUCACUUUUAAAAUUGUCCAGUUUCCAAUAGCUGGGUAAAAUGGACUUAGGUCAGGAAGGCAGCUGUUCCUGAGAAGCAAGUAAAAAACAAACUUUAAACCUUGAGACAGCAAAAAAGCCGUUUUUAUGGGAUUAAAAUCAACUGUUUAAUGUUACCUCUCCACCAAACACAAAAAUUACUGUAAUUAUGCUACCUCUCCCACAGAGCACAAAAUUAACUACAAUUUUGUCAAUAUUAUUUUCAUUUUUUUUGAGUAGAUGGUUAUAAAAUGUUAGUUAGUUUAUUGAAAAUUAUGGAAAAAUUUAUCAGCAGCUGUUGUCAUUCUUUGAAUGUAUCCAUACUUUGACUGUCAUUAUAAUUUUAUAAUAAAGCACAUUAAUUCUGUAGUUUGAGGUAGCUCAUUAAUUUUGUAAUUUGAGGUAGCCCAAGACUCCUAUUUACGGGAACUGCAAGCAGUUUUUUAUGUCCUAAUAUUUAUUCUAUAAUAUACCGUUAAUUUAUAGUUUUGCUUAUUGGUUAAUAUUGCUUUUUGUGAAACUAAUUUAAAAGUGCGUUACCGUUUAUAACUGCAUAUAAUGCGAACCCCUUAAAUGCCCUAACCACAUAUAAAGGGUCCUUUUCCAUAAAAUUAUUAUACGAAUUAGCAAAAUAUUUAAUUUUAAUAAAAAUAUCAUCCUUAAAAUUAUUAAUAUUGUUAAAUAUUAAAAAUAAACUAUGGUCAUACGAUGCAACUAUGCUAAUAUUUCAGCAAAGGGGUCCUAAUUACAUUACAUUAAAUCAUUGCAUUGCUGGUUUUAUGCGCAGACAUGAUUGAUUGUGUAAUCGUGGCUGAAUGCGAGGGGGCCAUGAAGACUUGGUUGCAUAGGCAUUAGUACAUAUUGUUAACUGAUAAUGAACAAUUUCUUACACUUGCAUAUAACGUGAAACGGCAAUUUAAUGUAGCAUUUUUUUUACCCUAAAUAUCACAUUAUAAGCAAUGAUAUAUGGUACCUGGAGCUUUAUUAUUUUCUAUAUACGCCCAAGUGCCAUGACUGAAUCAAUCUUGUCAAUGCCUAGAAAUUUUUAAAAAAUCUGUUUUGCAUCCCGUCAGGAACAGGAAGAGACUGAGAUUGCAGAUGAUCAAGAGAUCCACCCACCAGAGGAAGGAGGCGGUGCUCCAACAUACACCAGCUCACAGCCUGCUCACAUGGAGUACCCAGUAUCCCAAGUGACUCCUACUGGCUCCUCUUCUGCACCCGCUCAGAUAUCCCCCAGCCCAGCACAGCCAUCCACUGUCAGCCAGCCACAGCAGUCCGGGAUCCAUCGUGGGGUCACCCCUCCUCAUGUUAUAAAUAUGGCUAAUGACAUAGCCCUCAGCUCUGGGCCUGUGACUGGAGGAAAUGGAGUAGGUCUUGGCCGGGGCCUCUCUCCCCCUCCUGGUAAUGUCAAUAUCAAACAGUCUCUGCCAUCACAGCAGCAGCGUCCGCCUAACCAGACGCCAAGCUCAUCACCAGCCCCCUCCCCAUCACAUGGCCCAACUCAGCAUAGUGAUAACCAAGAAACGGGGGAGGUGGAAGGGUGAGGAUAGCGGUCAAACCAACCGUAAAGUCAUUCAUCAGACUGGAAAUGAACUGUUGUUUUUUUUAAAAAUAGAAUUCACUGUGAAAUGUUAUGAAAUAAAUAUUUGCACAACAAGAGCAGGUUUGGGUUAAGGUCAUGAUCAAAGACAUUUGAUGGUCAUCACAGAUGUAUGUGUAAGUGAUAUAUUGACAUAUAUGUAUUGUAGAAGGUAUGAAUUGAUGGAGGUAGUUCUCCAGUGCCCAGGGACUUGACUUCGGACUGAAGUGACACACAAUUGUUAAGUUUGGGGGAACGUGGAGGAAAACAUGUUUGAAUGUUGAAAUAUUUACUUUGUGGACAAUGUCAUCAACAGAAUCAUCUCUCGCUGAGAAUCUUCUCAGUCAACAAAAAAAUUGUUUUAAACCUUAGAAAUUAUUUUUUUAAAUUUUGUAUCCAGGGCUAGAACUAUUAUUAUUAUUAUUAAAUAGUUGCUGCAUUUUUUAUGCUGACUAGCCAACAUAGGAUGAAAGCUGACUAGCCAAAUUAGGAUGAAAGCUGACUAGCCAACAUCAGAUGAAAGCUGACCAGCCAAAUUAGGAUGAAAGGUGACCAGCCAGCAUAGGAUGAAAGGUGACCAGCCAGCAUAGGAUGAAAGGUGACCAGCCAGCAUAGGAUGAAAGCUGACCAGCCAGCAUAGGAUGAAAGCUGACCAGCCAGCAUAGGGUGAAAGGAAAUGCUUGACUGAAUGUUGAUCUGUUUGUAAAGAGAUGAAACAAGGACAAGAUAAUUUGCUGUUUGUGUCCUGUAUUCUAGUUUUGUACCUGGUCAUUUAGGAGCAUUACUAUUAGUCAUUCACCUACUUUAGCAGAAAUCAUUCAACUUGAUUUUCUCAUCAGAAUGUAUUUCUGUAUGAAGUGAAGCGUGGUUGACCACAAAGAUUUGAAUUAAACUGUUGUAUGAAUGUCUCAAAUCAUUUCAUUUAGGUGUUAGAAUACGGUCCAUAAGAUUAUUUAGCUGAUUGUUUCCUCAAUGUAAUAGUAAGACACUUGUCAAGGUUGAUCUUAGUUUGGUGUGUAAAGAGCUGUAAGUAGUGAUGGUAACUUAUUCUUUCUUAUCAUUUCCUCCAUACACACUCCCCCCGGGCCACAUGACCCCAAGCGUCAAAUUUAUUCCAUGUUAUUUGUUAUACGUUACUCAUCAGCGGUGUCCUGUCUUUUCUGUAUGAAACAAAUGUUGGCAGGUGACAGCUUAUUUGCCAUGCAUCAUUUCAAAAAUUUCUACAGAAAAAACAGACGGAACUCAAAAUGUAUUUUUAUUAAUGACCUCACUCUGAUUAAAUGUGAGAAAAGUUUUCAAAUAUGGUGGCAGAGGAAGGUUUUCUCAUAUCAUGGUGGCAGAGAAAAGCUUUCUCAUAUCAUGGUGGCAGAAAUGCUUUGCUGUCACGUCCCCAUUCCUUGAGGCUUUGGUUCAUGUUUGCCUUAAUGCCACAUAAUGUUUACAACGUUGCCCAUUGGAAUAUUGUUUUUUCCUAUCAUAAGAACAUGUGGAAUGCCUGAGCCAAUUUUCACCCACUCUGAAAUCUGAAUCUUGAGACUUUGUUUUUUCUCUUUAAUCUCUGGCUGUUGGAGAGUUCCCCAACUUCAUUCUAGAGAUUCUACAGCUCCAUUCAUCAAUUCUGUCGUGUGUGUUGAUUUAUAGAUUCAUAUGAAAAUUAUUGUUUACCAUCUGCUUUGGUGUACACACACACACACACACACACUGUGGGCCACCAUUACAUGGAUGUGAAUUUUGUUUCAUUAUAACAACAAAAUAAUGACAAAUGUGAUGCUUUUUUAAUGCAGAAUUUGCCCCACAUUUGAAAGGCUUUUUCUCUACUCUUCUAUUUAUUGAAAGGAACGGCUAGAAAGCUGUUACUAUUUGUGUUUUUAUUUUAAACUCCAUAAUUUAAGAUGUUCUCAUAUUCAUAAUAAAAUUACGGAUGUGUACAGACCAUUGAACUUCUAUAUCUAUAUGCAUCAGAUACAGUUGAUGUUUUGCUUGAUCAAAUGUCUUGAGCGUCUCACUGUUUUCCCAAUUUGUGAUGUGAAUGUCUGAAGGUGGUCAUCAUGCCCCCUGUAUGUAUGCAUUGCUUGAAGUUGAAGACAAUGAGAGGAGGAAAGGUAGCUUUUAGUAUUGGCUAGUUACUUCCAGUCAAAGACCCAAUCAAAAAUAGUUAAUGUCUUCGUCACACCCCCCCUCCCUUCCUUCCCCCCUUAGAAUUGAUGGCUGAGAUAUUUAAAGUUUGACCAAAAUAUUCAUUGUAAGCAACUUGUUUGGUGUGGCUUUGAAUUUAGGGUGGCUAUCUCUCUCUCUCCUCUCUCUCUCUCUCUCUCUCUCUGUCUCUCCUUUUUUUUCUUUUUCUAACUUUUGUUUCUGUUUAUCUUUUGAAGAUUUUCCAAAUACUAGACUAUGACACAAUUGAUACUACUUGAACUACUUGUACAAAGGAAGGAGAUGGGAAAACAUUGGUGACAUAUAUAGGUCAUCUUAAACAAGUCAUUGUGUGGCAGGCAUUAUUUCCAGACCUUGCCUCUGAAAUGUGUCACCUGUAUUUAGCAUGUGUUCUGAUGGUACCCUGGUAGCAAUUAUAAUCUAAAGACUGGUCUACAAACUUUGUUGGUAUGUACCUUGGAAGUAGGUGGCAAUUAUAAUCUUAAGACAGUGGUCUACAAACUUUGUCCCACCCCCGCCCACACCCCCACACCUCCCAUCUGCUUAAAUGUUUAGCUGACCCAUGUGACCAAGAGAAGCAGAAGAAAACUAGUCUUAAUGUUUGGGUUCUAACCCUGAUGGGGUCUGCCACUACAGCGUUGGUGUGCACAGUCUUGUACAGGGUUGUCUCUUAAACAAAACUGACAACAGAUUAACUGGAUGGAAUUAAAAGCCACACCAAUAUACAAAAAAAUAUGUUUAGUCUUUGGUUCACAUAUUGUGUCAAAGGAAGAAAUCCCAACAAAAGACAAAGUCUACAUCAACAAACCCUGCCUUGUUUUUAAUAAAAGAAGACAAUUGAAUGUUGGUUUGCUUUGAUGAUGUGCUGGUAUUUUACUGUUGCUGAUGACAAUGUGAUGAUUGUUUCUCAAAUAAAGUUUGCUAAUGC